GAGCGAGGGAGAGAGAAGGGGGAGGAGGCAGCAGCCUCUGCUGCUAGCGCCGCCGUCCUCCAUUUUGUGGCUGGGGCAAAGCCGUAGAGGGGAGCGCGGACGGUGCGGCGGCUGGGAGGAGAGGAGGGGAAGGGAGGAGAAGGAGAAGGGGGAGGGCGGGACGCUGGGUGGGUGUGAAGUGCAGAAGGGGGAAGGCGGGGAUGCAGAGGGGGCAGAGGCUGGAGGAGAGGCAGCGGGGCGCGCCAAGUGGGGCUUUAAUUAAUUGAGGGGGGACAGGAGAGUGUGUGUGUGACAGACAGACAGAGAAGGGGGGGGAAGAAGAGGAGCCGGUGAGGGGGCCGCCUCUGCUGCUGCUUCUGGCGCCUGUGUGCGUGUGUGGGGCGAAGGGAGGGGGGCGGCUGCAUUCUCAUCUGCAAAGGGGCGGCAGCUUUCGCCGCCGCCCCACACCCAAUCCCGUCGCCCCGUAACUCUCCUUCCUUCCAGUCUCUCUCCCCCCCACCUCCGCCCCGCGCCUUCCAAGUUGUUUAUUCGCUUGGCUCUGUGGUGCCGGAGCCAUGGAAGUUGGCGGCUAGAGGCGUCCCAGCGCCCCCACUGGAUAAGGUAAGGGGUGGCUUCUUCUCCAUGUCCGCCCGCCUGGCUGGCUGGCUGUCGAGACGCGGCGGGGGCGGGUGGGGGCCGAGGAAUGGCUUCUACUUUUAGGAUUCUCGAAGGGAGGCGGAGGGCGACGGAGGGAGGGAGAAGGCGGCGGCGGCCUGCUCUCCCCCCCCCCCCCGUAGAGGUCACCCCCCUCCGUCCCUUCCUCAGUAAUGUCUGCCCGUUUCGGCUUCUCCUUCUCGCCCGCCCUCCUUCGACCCGCUUCCCACCGCCGUUAAGACCAGGCGAUUUGUUGCUGAGGCGUGAGGCCAGAUAUUUUUUUUGGGGGGGGGGGUUGGAAAGAGAUGAGGAAAGGAAGAUUGGAGGGAGGGGGAGAAGCGCUGCUCCUCGUCUCAACUUUAAAGUCGUCCACGUUAAAUUUGGACGUCAGAGAAGGGGUGUGCGUGUGUAUGUGUGUCUCCCUCUCGCACACACAAUAUGCGUGUGCGUGCGUGGGGUGGGAAGAGGGGGGGCGCGGAAACUGGUUCGCUAUCCUAUUUCACAACCUUCUCUGGCCAAUUUCAAUCCCAAAAGGAUGAUAUGCCCAAUAUAGUAUCUCUUUUCUGAGAAAUGAAAUUUUGUUUAAUGAUAAAAAGUGCUAUAAUUUAUUGCCCUCCUCGCCCAACUUGCUUCCAGUUGAUUUGUGUGUGUGUGUUAAAAAAUGAACAUCUGUUGUUGAGAAUCGGGUUUUGGUGGUUGUUUUUUUUAAUUUUGAAGGCGCUCACCCUCCCCCGUCGUGUUUUUUGUUUUUUGUUUAGUUGACGGGGCCCCAAGGGUUUGGAAACCAAGAAGUCGUCGAAAACUCGGAGUUGGAGUUUUUGAAGCAAAGGGCUGGUGGGCGUGCCAGGCAAAAUGCUCAACAGGUCCCAACACAUUUUUCUUUUCUUUUCGAAAUCUACUUUUUGAAAAGGAGAAUUUCAACUCAGAAAGAAGGUGCUUAGAUAUAUUUCCUCGGGGGCGGAGAGGAGCUGUAUCGUGAUAGAUUUUCCCCCUUUGGCGUUGCCUAUGAUUUAAUGGCUUUUGCGUCUGUGCAAGAGAAACCUGUGAAAAUGUGGUAACUCCAGUUGUUCCCCUUGUCCUUCCCUUUUUUCCCUCAAAACUAUGCAACUGUGUGCUUUUUUUAAUUACAUGAUGGCCUUUUUUUUUUAAGUGUCUCAUGCAACUUUUGACAAGAGUAGGCUGUUUCUCUUUUGCAUUAUCCCUUUUUGUUUUGGCUUGGGAGAGAGCUGUUAGGAAAGCUUCCUAUCCUUUUAGCACCUUUUACAGCUUUCAGUGUUUUGGGGAAAUCUAUGCAGUGCCCUGAAAGGAGAACUUAAAAGAAACUAAAUACACAUUGUUAAAUUUCUCUGCUACUUUAAGAGUAAACUUUUUUCCAUGUUGGCUUCAAUGUCCUUUUGACACCUGGUCAUUUUUGUCCUAAUUUGACCUCCUGAUCAAUUAUUUAUGGAAAUGCAAUUAUUUCUACACAAGCAUCAGCAGUUUUUAGAUGCAUCGACAUAUGCCGACUUUAGUUUUUUCUCCAUGCAAGUUGAUACAAGAUAUGGAAGGUUUAAAAUUUAAAAGGAAACUGUCUGUCUCAUUUCUUGUAAGGAUUUCACUACAAAUGGCUUACUUUUUAUUUUACCUUCUCCAGGAAUAAUAUGAAAUGUAGAGGAUUAAAUGUGUGUGUUCUUCUCCACACACUUAUUUUUAAGUAUACAUGUCUACAUUUUACAAUCUACUAUUUGAAAUUGACCAUGGCCUUGGAUUAAAGUGGAACAACAUAUUUCUAAAAUUGUAUUUUUACAAAAACCUGGUGAAAGUGGGAGAGAGAGAGAGCCAUUUGGAAAGUCACUAGUAUCACCUGGGAAUUCCCCCCCCCCCCCCGGCAAAGUUGGUACAUUAGGCAGUAUUGAAAAACCUGGGUGGUGUGUUAAGUGAAUGGGAAUGGAAGUUGUCACAUAGAUUUUUUGCAAGUAUGUAUGCAGUAGUAAACAAUAUUUAUUGCAUCAGUGACAAAUAUUACUGGCAUGUUCCGGUUGUGAUGAGUUGAUGUUAUUUUUAUUAGUUUAAUAUGCUUUUACUAUAACCUAGAUUGAGAAAAGCUUGGAAAAAUUCCAGCCCUUUGGAUGGAUUGGGUUAGAAAUUCAUUCCAGUAUUGAAAAGUGUUAAUCUAAUGUCUACCGUUUUCUUGAAUAUGUGUCUGUUCUUUCAGUGUUGGAGCUUCAAGGGCUUUGGAUUUGCACUAUUCAAGUUUUAUGCUAAUGGUGAAUAUUUCUCUUUCUUUAUAACCAGUAUUAAAAUAAUGGAGCCCAAAGAAUCACUGAAGUCCUCUGGAGGGGAGGAAGCAGGGAAAAGUGCUCACUUCCGUGACAAAGGAGGAAUUGUGAUGGACUUCCAUCCAUCCUUUAGGGGAGGAGCUACUGCCAAGACUCCUGCAGCUACGUCUCCUUUGCCUACCCCUUCUCAGUCUGAUUCCAAGCAACUGCCUGCUGUGUCUGACUUGUCAAAGGGAUUGGGAAGCAAUGUGCCGCAGCCAGAUCUGUCUAAAGCAGUGUCGCUCUCCAUGGGACUGUAUAUGGGGGAGACAGAGGCAAAAGUGAUGGGAAACGAACUUGGAUUUCCUCAGCAGGGCCAAAUCAGUCUCUCUUCGGCAGAAACGGAUUUUAGGCUCCUGGAAGAAAGCAUUGCAAGUUUGAAUAAAUCCUCUAGUCAGGCAGAAGGCUCAAAGGGUACUGCAUCUGGGGAUGUGCCUCUAGAACAAGAGUUCCCAAGCAUGGCUAGUCAUGAUCUCACUUUAGGGCAAGGGGCUUUAGCGCAAAGCCAGGUUGGCACUAAUGGUGGCAACUUGAAGCUGUUUCCUGAAGACCAAAGCACCUUUGAUAUUUUGCAGGAUUUUGAUUUGCCACCAGUGUCUCCAGGAAAAGAAACAAAUGGGAGCCCUUGGAGAAUGGACCCCAUGCUGGAUGACAGCAGCUUGCUUUCACCUCUUGGUGAUGAGAGUUUUAUGCUGGAGGGAACUGAAAUGGAGGACUGCAAGCCUCCGAUUUUACCAGAUACUAAGCCUAAAAUUAAUGAGUGUGGGGAUCUGUUGCACAGCUCCACAGUGAAGUUGCCACAAGUGAAGACUGAAAAAGAAGAUUUUAUUGAACUGUGCACCCCUGGGGUAAUAAAGCAAGAGAAAAUAGGCACAGUUUAUUGUCAGGCUAACUUCUCUGGGUCAAAUAUGCUUGGAAGUAAGACAUCUGCUAUUUCGGUUCAUGGUGUCAGCACGUCUGGAGGACAAAUCUACCACUAUGACUUGAACACAGCAUCUGUCACUCAACAGCAGGAUCAGAAACCAGUUUUCAAUGCCAUUCCAUCUCAUCCUGCUGGUUCAGAAAAUUGGAAUAGGUGCCAGGGAUCUGGGGAUGAUGCUCUUACGUCAAUGGGGGCUUUGAAUUUUUCUGGCAGACCUGUCUUCUCUAAUGGGUUUUCAAGGUAAGAGAUGUUUUUGUUCUAAACUUAUUACAAGGAUAGUUAUUUCAGCAAUGUUCAUUUUGUCUCUUCCUGUAGUUAGAAAGAGAAUAAUAAUUUCUCGUGCUUGUGUGCAUGAAUUAACACAUUGCAAUAAAGAAAUUACUUUUAUUAAAUAAAAUGACCAUCAGCAGUAAAGGAUGAAUCAUGAUUUAAAAUAUAUGUCAGGGAAAUGUUAAAAUAGGAAUGUUAAGCACAAAUAGAUCUUAAAUCCAAAUAGUUCAUGCAGAAGGCUUUCUACAACUAGCAUAACAGUUGACAUUUCAUUAAAAUGGUGUGUGCAACAUGCACAGCUUGGUGAAUUCCCAUCAUGUUGUGUUGUGCCUGCUUUGGUGUAGUAACUGCAGCCUAUGAAACUUUCAGCUCUAGUGUUCAAAGUAGGAUUCCCCUCCGCCUUCCCCUUGAUCAACAGUAUUUAAAAAAGAAAAGAUAAUACAUUAUGUUUCAAUCUACAUUUUGGUUACCAUUGAGAAAUGAAUCAUAGGAAGACUUUAUUGUGUUGAUAAAAAAUGUGGAAUAGUCUUUCUUGAUAAUGCUAAAUGUGGAAAAUAUUUGGAGCAGAAGUUUUUUAAAAGUAUGUUUUCAUUCCAAGUCUGUAUGAACAGAAAAUUUAUCCAGAACCUAGAAAUGUGAAAUGUGGUGAUAGCAACUUACAUUUUUUUCAUUGUUGCCUCUCUCACUUUUAUUUUAAACUUUCAUUUAUGCUUUUGUUUCAAGUGAUUUAAAGCCUGCACUUUGCUUAAAAAAAUUAUCCUACAUAUUGAAAUUGCCUUAAGGCUUAUCUGAAAAUCUUGAUUUGUUCUGCAUGCAUACUUAACAAAAUGGUAUACAGGUUUUUAUUUUGCAUUUGAUCUGGGACUUCCCUUAUUACACCUGGAUGUGCAUAUGCUGGUAUGCAUGGAGCGGUAAGACAUUCUAGGAAUUCUGGGGCAUGCACCAAGCUCCUGUUCCUUAUAAUGUCCUAUUUUCAGUCUUGCCCAUCGAUUCAUGCUGCAGGGACGGAUAGGGAAUCUCAUUGCUCAUGGGAAUCUCAUUGUGAACACCAUACUGUACCCCUUCACGUGGAAUGUUUGCAACUAGUAUGUUUUGUUUUAUGAUAUUAUAAUGAGCAACAGUUUGUACUGCAUGUUUUUGGAACAUUUUUGAGGAAUUUCUGCUGAAGAAGAGGGGACUUGUUGCUAGGCUGCUUUUUAUCAUCAAGUUACUUAUACAGUUACUACAGUAAAUGUCACUCAAGAAACACGGUGAGAAACUCAUGAGACUUAAAUACUGUAGAUACUGUGAUUUGAGUUAUUCCUUUUGAUAAGAAUAUUGGGGGGGGAGAGAAUUAGAUAUAUUUUUCCAAUAUAUUUUAACAUGAAUGCCAUGUAAAAUCUAUAAAAUAUACAUUAAAUGGUAAACUUGUACCUAGGAGUUUUUUUGGGGGGGGGGGGGAGUUUAGUGGUAAUAUUUAUCCAACUGAUGGCAUUGCCUGGCAUGUCUGAAAUUCUUGCUUGUGAAAUGCUAUGCUUUGAAAUAUGAAAGCCAAUGAUUGCUGACUUCUUUUUUAUGCCAUCCCAAUCUACCGGUAUUUCUGAUAUUUAAUUUAAACGGUGUAUUUAGAAGUUGCUUUUAUUUCAGAUUGUUCUGCAGUUUAUUUAUAGGAAAGCAGCACUAAUGUAUACAUAGUUCAAGCAACAAAUACGUUGUUCAGAAAAUGUUAAAUUGCUUGUGCAAGCUCCUCAGGUCUCCAUAGCACUCCUUCCUUCCUUCCUUUCCUGCAUGGAAUAGGAAAUGAACCAAAGACUGGCUUAUAUAUGUGAACCAGCACUCAUUGUUUGUUUCUCUCCUAACAAACCAUGAUAGUGAUUCAAGUAUGAACAUUGGUUCACCAUCAGUUCGCUAGGAAAAAAGUGUACGUAAUGACAGCCCAGCCUCUAGUUAGUUUCCUCUUCCACGUGCUGGUGGAGCACCAUGGUACUUUUGAGCAGCGUACACCAGCACACUACAUGCUUGCUUCAAUCCUAAUGAUUUAAGGUGACAUGCAAACCAGGCCAAAGAUCCUCAUGGCACUUUAAAGGCUGACUAAUUUAGGACGGCAGGAGUGUUUCUAGGCUGGAAUAUAUUUCAUCAUCCAGAAACUUUGACUAGGAUUUGCUCAUGACAUGGCCAUCUGAUUCAGAUAAAAUUGACAUAGCUAACAAUAUUUAUACUUUUUAAUGCUGCACAGCUGAACUCUUGUCUAAUACAACCUUUAGAACAGAGUGAAAAUUAAUUAUGUAAAAUUAUGAAAAUGUUUCUUUUGUAGGACAUUGUUGAAACAGUGAAUGUACUUGACUGGUUGACGUUUAUUCCAAUUAGAAGUUUAUUCCAAUUGGUAGAAGAACUAAAGAGCUCUACAAAAUCAAUAGCAGUGUUUUGAUGAAUAACUUGUUUUUCAAGUGGGACGUGCAUAUUGAGCCAGUAACUCAUACUUUCAAGUUUUUCAGCAUGAUACAGUUGCAAUCUUAGUCCUAAUUACCUGGGAAUAAAUCACAUUAAAUUUAAUAGAAUAUCCUUUUGAGUAUAGGCUUACAUGGUUAGCAAUAUAGUCUACUGGAGUGGCAGUCUUUAACUAACUGCUCACACAUUUUCAUUGGCAAGGCUGUAAGUUAAGGGCACAGUUUGAUUUGAUAUUUGGUGGAGAGCUAUUUUGUUUGUAUUAUAAUACUAUAUUAGGAUAUUUAAAAAGGAAAUAUUAAAUAUGGUUUUAUUCCUAAGUGCUUACAGAGCAUUUUAUUGGUUUAAAUGUAAACACUUCAGACAUCAUGCCAACCCCUCAUUAAGGAUGCUCUAGUUAUGGUUUGGUGUGAUGUCCAGAUUAACAACUGCUUUAACAGUAAGCCUGCCUUUAAAGGCAGUUCCACCACAGAAAAGGGACACUAAGAAAUGGAAAGAGAAAACCCAAAGUAGCUCUAGGUCAGGGGUAACCAACAUGAAGCCUUGCAGAUGUUAAAGGAGUUGAACUUCCAUUAUGCUAGACCAUUCACCAUGCUGACUGGGACUAAUGGAAGUAAGGAGUCCCAACAAUAUCUGAAAGGCACCAGUUGGGUACUGCUAAUUUAGACUAAGAUGUGGCCUUCAUUUUAAUAAUAAUAAUAAUAAUAAUUUAUUAUUUAUACCCCGACCAUCUGGCUGAGUUUCCCCAGCCACUCUGGGCAGCUCCCAAUCAAGUAUUAAAAACAAUACAGUGUUAAAUAUUAAAAACUUCCCUGAACAGGGCUGCCUUCAGAUGUCUUUUAAAGAUAGGAUAGCUACUUAUUUUCUUCACAUCUGAAGGAACUUAUUUCCUUCACAUCCUUCACAACAGUUGCUGCAAACAGUGGUUUAGCAUCUUUCUUAACUGAAUUUCAGCAGAAAUAUGAAGGCCUAGGGGGCAAUAGAGGGGCUGUUAUUUUCCAGUUUCCCCUCUUUCCUAUUCUGAAGGGUCUCAGGUUUAAGUAAUUGUAUUUCAUCUCUGUGUGUAUUGUUGCAAGGAUGAUAUUAAAGGUUUUAGUCUGUUGAAAUGGGAAAGCCAUACGGUAGGAUUACAAACCAAAUAAAAAACCAUGGCUUGCAAAAUAAUGGCAAAAUUUAGUUUGUACUAUAGGGGAAGCAAAUAAUUGAAAUGGGGAAAAAAUAAGCCUUCAAAUGAUGGAUUGACAUUGUGCGUGAAUGAGGUUCUGCAGCAAGGAUAGUCUCCAGAGUUUGUUGGAGUACAGUUCCCAUCUUCUGGAGCAAGGAUGGCUAGUAGUCAGAGAUGGUAGAAGUUAUAGUUCAUAUGAACACCACAGAUUCCCCAUUUCUGAUCUAUACAGCAAAUACUAAUGAUUGUAUAUGCAUUUUGGAACAUACCUAGGCCAGUCUGCUGAAAGAAUAAACCAGUAUCAUUGUGGAAGUAUAUAGCUAAUCUGUCUAUUAUUAAAUGUACUUUUUAAAAUUUCAAAUACAGCUUUCAUUUUAAAAGAUUUCUGAAGGUACCUCCAACUUGCUAAUUACUAGUUGUGUAGAUUUCUGCCACAUGUGAUGUAUUAUUUAGACUUAACAUUUCAUGAUUUGAUAUCUGCUCUUAUAUCUCGCGUGCUUCUCCAUGUAUUGUUUAAUUUUUUAAAAAUAGUUAUUCUAGUCUGUCAUUAUGCUUCUCACUUCCUAUCCAAGCACAUCUGAUUUCUCUUGUAAAAGUCACUUUGACAGAUUCAUUUUGGAGCCCUUGUGAAACCUGAUCAGAUGCAUGCUUUCUCAGAAGUAAAGCUGGGCCAGUUCAGGCAGAAACAAACGUUAACAACCCUUAGGGUCUCACACUGUCUCUUAUCUCUUUCAUUGCAGCUGUGAUGAGACUGAGAGCUGCAGUAUGUUUUUUUGAUUAACUGAAGUUUAAUGUUCAGUUUAAACCCUAAAAUGUGUUUUAGACUAUGGUUAAUAACUAAUCUUAACCUAAUGCCUGACAUUGACUUGUUUCAUUCAAACCAUAGUUUCAUCAUGUUGGUUUUGCACAAAACAACAAAUAGCAGUUAAUUAAAACUGGGACACAAGUUUCCAGUGCCCUCUUUGCAGUUGUACUGGAGGGAGAGGAAACAUGCAUGAGCCUGAGAGUUGCUGGAGCUUUUCCUACCACGAUACACAUCUUACUGAAUUAAGUCUUGCUCCCAAAUAAAAGUACAGCCAUAACUAAAUCUAAAUGAAGACUCUUGCGGCACCUUAAAGCCUAAAAAAAAAAUAUUAUAUAAAUUUCAUGGACUGUGUGCAUGCUACAAUAAAUCUGUUAGCAGAAACAACAGUCUUUUGAUACUGCAAAGGCUAUUACAGACAUGAGUGCCCUACGAGAAGUUGUUACAUAGUUUGUAGGUAAAGCAACAAGAGUAACUGCUAUAGUAGGUUUCAUGACAGUUGUUAGCAUUUGAACUCUUUUAAGAGUUGUUGGUGUUAUACCCAUGUUGCUCCAUGGCAUGAUAAAGCCUGAAGUGGGCUGUAUAGAACACUCAAAUUCAAGAUGCAUUUCCAUUCCAGUGUCAUUCAGAUGUUGUUUAACCACAACUUCCAUCAGCCCCAAUAGUUAAUAAUAAUAACAAUAAUAAUAAUAAUUUAUUUAUUUGUUGUUGUUGUUGUUAUUCCCCGACCAUCUGGCUGGGUUUCCCCAGCCACUCUGGGCGGCUAAAUAACUGAAGAGCACCAGGGUUGGGAGAAGAAUAUUCAAUACCACUUAGAAAGAUUUAGGAAGAAUAAGCAAGUGUAUGUGUGCGUGCAUAUGUUUAUAUUCAAAACAGUAUCAUUAAUAUCCAUUUAAUACCCAAAGCUUAAUACCAGAUUGGUAUUGCCUAGUUUUAGCAGGUGAAAAUCAUUUCAUGGAAGUCCUAGGAUGUACAGAUUUGCAUUUAGCCUUUUAUUUGUGUUGUAUUCUAGAUGUGCUACUUUGUUUGCCAGGAAUUCACAAAAGGAUAAGGGAAUGCAGAGAGACAAAAUAGUGCAGAUGGAAUGUGCACUGCUAUGUGAAAGGGGCACAAAGUUUUCCCAAGUUAGUAUUCUAUGCAUGACAACUGCCUAAAAAUGGCUUCAACUAAUCUGAAGGUUUGUAGUGGAUACUAGAGUGGUUCCUGUGUAAAGACAAACUAAAACAAUUUGUCUUACUAUGGGGAACACCAUUCUGGUAUCUGGAGAUAUGGAGGAAUACUCAUUUUGCCUGUCAAAGCUAAGCAUUUAAUUUUCGUUUGGAGAUUGUGACUGGAUUUUCCAAAUCCAUUUAAUCAAACACUUAUACAGUGGUACCUCUGGUUAUGAACUUAAUUCGUUCCAGAGGACCGUUCUUAACUGGAGGUACCACUUUAGCUAAUGGGGCCUGCCGCGCUGCCAGCUAGCAAUUUCCAUUCUCAACCUGGGGCAAAGUUCUUAACCCGAGGUACUACUUCCGGGUUAGCGGAGUUUGUAACCUGAAGUGUCUGUAACCUGGGGUGUUUGUAACCUGAGGUACCACUGUACUUAAUCCUGUAGGCUCUACCAUGGCUCUACCUUUGAAAUAAGUGAGGUAUGUGUUAUAUAUAGGAGCUGGCUACAGUAUAAUUUUGGGUUAUUGUUUUUGUUUGUUCUGAUGACAACUAAUAGAAAGCACUGCCUCUUUUUAUCAGCAAUCUACUAAUCUGUUUCUCUGAAGCAUAGGUAUUUGAGCAAUUGCAAGGGUGCAUCAAUACAAUCAGGAGGGUAGAGUGUUGGUUCACCCAGAGUUAGGUAUAAAUUUGGUCAAUAGUUUUUUUUCUGAUAUUUUUUAACAAUGGUGUGAGAAGUUGGUACACGUUUCAUGACACUAGCCAUUGAUUUAUUGACUUCCAGGCAUGUUUCUCAUACACUGAGAACAAAAUUCUCAUUUACUAAUUUUACAUUAAACCAGGUGAGAGUAGCCGAUGGGUCUCAAACCCCUGCAUGCUCCAGCAGAUUGUGUGGGUGAUACCAAUAGUGGGUCGAAUAGCCAAGAAGAUGUUUCUGCACAUGCUGUAGAGCAGGCAGGCAUGUCCAAAGUCCAUUUCGGAGGCAUAGUUAUUUCCUGGGGUAAAAUCCUAAAAAACCCUCAACAAAACAAUUUCAAUCCUAAAAGAAGCUCAAUAACUCCAACCCUUAAAAAAAGCUCAACAACUUCAAUCCUUAAAAAGGGUCAACAACUUUGGUCGGCCCCCACGGCCCUUCACUUCAUCAAAUCUGGUCCUCUUUGAAAAAAGUUUGGACACUACUGCAGGGGAAGUGAGGGGCAAAUGGGUAGCCCAUCUAGAAGAGGGGAAAAACUGAUUCUAAACCUCUGCUGCCUUGUGAGAGAUCUUCAGGAGAAUAUAAGGCUAAGAAGCAAAGCCUACACAAAUCUGCAGUGGAGUUCCUAAGAUGGUUCGAUGGUGCCUUGUAUGUCUCUGUAGGAGACUCAGCCCUGUAACUGCCCUCAGAUUAAAUAUAGUGGACCCACCACACAGUACACAAAUUAAGCCAAUUUAUACAAUUUACCACAGGCUAUCUUGUGGGAGGUAAACUUUGAUUCAGGGAGUCUCAGGAGUUGAUCAAUGAAGAAAAGUAUUAUUUACAAAAGUGGAACAAAGUUGGGUCAGGAGAUGCAUUAUUUCAGGUAGAAAUCAGUUUAUUACUUAAACCAAAUAUAAAGAUGUCACAGGCUUAAACACAGUAGUAUAUGCACAGCUUUUCUUAAACUUCUAUUGCUAAAAAUCAGUUGUUAAACUUCAGGUAGAUGUUCAGGUUUCUAGAAUAGGUGGUAAAAUGCUUAACUCAAUUUCUGUUACUUCACUCUCAUUCCUUUACUUAGUUAUUAUGACAGGUGUUAGUUAAAUACUUCUGACAUAGCACAGCUUCUUUCCCAUCUUAAUACUUUGGUUUAUGAGCGAGGGGCACUUUUUGUCAGUUACCCACUCUUUUAACAAACCCACUCCUAAAGUAUUUCAGUUAGUAUAACAGACCUCACCUCUUGUUACUGGCUUGGGAGUUGUCUUUUCCUAGAACAACUCUCCCCUCCUGAUUGGAAUAAAACCCAGGUAAUUUGUAUUCCAACAGCUUCAUACUUCUCUUGACUCAGAUUCGGCUCUACAGUUAACUCAUGUCUGUAUACCUUCCCCAGACAUUCAACCCGGUCUUCCUAUCUCAGCUGCAAGGCUCUCUUCCUCUUGCUAUAGAUCAUUUCUUCAGAGAAGGUGUUCAUCUCAAAUGAGAACCAAUUCUCUCAGACAAACCCCAUCGUAAUCACACUGUCUCCCAUCUCAAAUCAAGCCCUAUCUCUCAGACUUAAACUCUAACUCCAGCUCUUUCCCUUUUCUAUCCCUAUCUAAAAACUCCUUCAGAAACUGCUUCUCUUUUUCUCCCUCUCCAAAGUGUUGCUCCACCCCCUCUAGCAAGCUGUCUUGAGAGCCAAUCAGAGCUAGGCUCCAGCACUCUAGUGAGAUUUUGAGGAACUUCAUCACCAGACUCUGGUCUGACUCUGCUGUCCAUCACAGCCUCCUUCUGGCAGCUCCUGCAGCUGAGCUCCUGCCAAAUGUAUUGCUCUGCUUUCCUUUGGACCACAUCAGCAAGGCCAAGAGGGAGGGGGGUCUUGUCGUCUGAGUAGCCCAGGACCUCCAUACACACUGCCCAGGCAUAUGCCCUGGGGAGGUCACUUUGAUACUGCUAACACAGUGGUUUGACUUCACCCCCAGAGUGCUUACUGCAUUGCCUCUGGAGCAGACAGGUGCCAGCAACAUUUCUAGCGUUGAGUUAUGCUUCUUGUGGGUGACAUGGGCCACUUGCAUAGGGAGAAACUUCAGAGGUGUAUGAUUGGAAAUAGUUUGAGAUUUGAAGGAAAUCUGCAAGGUGUGAAGCAAAAUGCCAGAGAUUGGAAAAUUCUUCUGUUGCCCGUUGCCUUGGUAUGUUUAAGCACUGAGAAGGAUAAGAAACGUUUCUGCAGGAAGGAGGAAGAAAUCAGUGACAUUGAGUACAAGCCAGCAAAAUUUUGACUGACUCACAGUCAAGGCAAUGGAGUGGGGCAUAGCUGCAGUUGACCGUUCCAUUUGAUUCAGGCAAUUAAUGAGUAACAUUUUGCUGGAUUAUGCACACUUGUUUUAAUUCUCAGAAUUUCAACCCAUUCUGUUGGCAAAUGUGCCAGUUAAACUGCCAAGCAAUUUCUAAGGGAGAAAGUGUGCAACUAAGCCUAUGUCUUCUGGUCAUUCUUUCAUAGCUAAUAUCCAUACUUCAAAGUUAAAAACUAAUUAAAUUUUGAGAUGAUACUGGUUUAAAGCUUACAUUCUUCAUGUAGUAGCAAAAACAUAUCUCAAAGUUAUCAAAGAAGCUCUGUGUUUGAGGGGAUGUGAAAUUUCUAUAUGUAGCAUGAGACAACAUAUUGGCUCAUUCGCCCACAAAAGUUAUUAUUUGCUGACAGCAUCAUCAAGUACAGAGUAUGUGUGAGACAAUUUUCUACUACUCCACUGUGUUUCAUUUCACUACUUAGAUCUUGAUCCGUUCACCUACUACGGUAUAUUGCAUAGAUUUGAAUUAUCUGAUCGGCAUUACCAUCCUGCAUAAAAUGCAAGUGGUGAAGAUUCCCCAAAUAUAUUGUUUGUUUUCUGCUUCAUAUGGGCAGGGUUGUUCCAGAAGAGUUACACUCAUUACUCACUGUUACCACACUUACUCGGAACAUGUGUCUACACAUCUGCGAACUAUUUCUCUGCGUUUAGGGAAUAAGCCAUUCCAAAAUAUGAAUAGUUUGAGAGAAUUUAGCUCAGAUAUGCUGGAGGAGCAGUUUCUCACUCCAAUCCUGGCUUUCAUUUACAGCAGACUGAGUAACUUCAGAUUGUUUAGUCAAAGUAGCAAAAUGCCUUCACAAGAUACACUGCAGAGCAAGAGAGAUGCAGUCACAGCCAUUUCAGAAAUUGAGGUUUAUUGAGAAAGUACAUUACAGUCAUACCUCGGGUUAAAUGUGCUUCAGGUUGAGCGUUUUCAGGCUACGCUCCGCGGCGACCCAGAAGUAAUGGAGCGCAUGCGCAGAUGCUCAAAAUGACGUCACGCGCAUCUGCGGAAGUGGUAAAUCGCGAUGCGCAGUUGGGGUUUGCAUUCACUUCAAGAUGUGAACAGGGCUCCGGAACGGAUCCCGUUCGCAUCCAGAGGUACCACUGUAUAACAAUGUCACUUUAAUAGUUAACUGUUAAUGCUGUUCCAGGGAUUGGGGUGGGGGGAGAGAGCAGAGGAUUAGUAAGAUGGCUGCCAGCCACAGAGGCUGUGUAGUGAUCUGCUUGGCUUCGGAAGCAGUCUGAAGUAUAAGACACAGAACGUUUCUUCCUUACAUGCUGUGUGAAACACUGGAAGUGGGAAUGAAGAUUCCUAACAUUGGGGUAAUAUCCAGAAAGAAGGUAAAAGUAAUAGAUUUUCCUCAGCUACGCCAAUACUUUACUAGACAUAAUCCAGAGUAGGGAUGUGGACAAAGAACAGUCAGAUGGGAGACCAGGGUUAGUCAGGUUGAGUCUGUCUUUGCAGGAUGUACAUUUAGAACCACCUGGAAUUAAGGGAUUCAGAGAUUUAAGAAUGAACAUCUAGCCAGGGUCUAUAAAUGUUUAGUUUUGCUGGCAGACAAUUUGGCUAACAAAAAACGUGCAGGGGAAAUCCCGGGAAGGACAAGUAUGAAUUUGAUAUUCUGGCGUCCCACUUAGUUCUGGGGCAGUUACAGAGAUUCACAAAAGAGUAGUGUGGUCAUGGAACUGAGAUUUCUAGGUGCACAAAAAAUCCUAUGGUCCUGUUUCUGCUUAUCAAAAACAAUUAGGCCCGCUGCUUCUAAUUUGGCCCACCCAAAUCAUGCCCACCUUCCAAACACAUCAGGUGUAGGACAGAUGCAGACACAGAUACACAGGAACAAUCCGGAGCUAAUCAGCAUUGACACAGUCCUGCUGGGGUCAGGUGCACUAAGGUAUUCCUUAUAACCACCAGUUGCUUUCACCAUUAAUCAGCUGCUGUCAUCAUGACAUGAGGCAAUUGACAGGUGGGUGGUCAAGCACAAAUAUUGGCUGGUGGGGGUAUUUGGGAUCCCGUCCUGGUAUGGAGGGGGGUGGAGUCUUCUUUGUCCAUUUCAAUAGAUGUGUUUUGUGGGGAACUUCCAAGGUACCUUUGUCCUGGUUUGCCAGACCUUUACUAGCUCACCUUUCCACACAAAAUGUAAUGUUACAAUCCAAGGUGUUCAUGAAGAGACGCACACAAUUGUUAAAUAUCAUACUGUUUAAAAUUGAGGUGGGGAGGUGAGGGACUGAAUUUCCCCCCAUCUAUAGUACCUACCUUGUUUAUACAAAGAAAAUUACAUCCUUUUAUUUGACGGAGGUUUAAACAAGUUUAAAAGUACUGUUUCCAGUACAGAUGCUUGGUGGACCUAACUGAUUACAUCCCUCCAUUGUGAGAAUAAUGUUCACACAGUUCUUCCACUCUCUUUCCUGUUCUUCUCUUACCCUAUUACUCAUAAGUUUGUGUAGGAGUCUUUGGUAGGAGACUUUGUCAAAAGCUUUUUGAAAGUCCAAAUAAACAGCAUCUACUGGAUCACUCCAUCACCAUGCCUGGUAGCACACGCAAAAAUUCUAAAGGUUUCAUGAGAUAGGACCUGCGUUUGCAGAAGCAAUGUUGAUUAUUCCUCAGCAAACUUAUUAUCUUUGAUUAGUGCUUUGCACCAAUUUACCUGGAACAGGCUUUCAGCCAGUCUGCCUGUAAUCUCCUUGAAUCUCUCUGUAUCCUUUAUUUUUUAAAAAAUGUGUUACACCAGUCACUUCUCAAAGGCCAGUCUUAGGACAUGUUGAUCUAGAAAGUUGAGUCAGCCACAGGAAACUGUCCUACUUCAAAUCAUUCUUCUAGAACAGUUUUUUUCUAUAUACAUGAGUGCAUUGUCAUGGGCAUAAACAUCUCUAAAUUUGCAUCUUCAUUUUGAAAGUGUGUAUCGCUUCGGAGAGUCUGAGGCAUACUAAAACAUAUAUUUUUUUAGUCUCUGAUGUUUUCUUCAGUUCUGCAUGAAAUUGGCUGUUCUGAGGAAUAGAGUUUUGUCAUGACAUACCGGUUUUUGUUUGGUUUGAUUAACAAUGAUAAAAGUGCCUGGUUAAGGAGCAUAAGAGUAUAAGAAAAGCCCUGCUGGAUCAGGCCAGUGACCCAGUUCAAAAUUCCAGGUAAGAGAAUUUAUAGUUUCAUCAAUGAGGGUAUGGUCUGCUAUGGUUAGACAUUGUGGAUUACCAAAUGGGAUAAUAGUAACAAGCACUGUCUACAAAUUUGUUCUGUGAACAACACAUUUUGGAAAUUCAUAUGACCCUUAUUUCAGAUUGAUCAGAUUACAGUGGUACCUCAGGUUACAGACGCUUCAGGUUACAUAUGCUUCAGGUUACAGAUUCCGUGAACCCAGAAAUAGUGCUUCAGGUUAAGAACUUUGCUUCAGGAUGAGAACAGAAAUCGUGCUCCGGCGGCGCAGCAGCAGGAGGCCCCAUUAGCUAAAGUGUUGCUUCAGGUUAAGAACAGUUUCAGGUUAAGAACUGACCUCCGGAACGAAUUAAGAACUUAACCCGAGGUACCACUGUAUAAAAGAAAGGUGGUGGCAUCUGCUUUCCCUGUUCUGUCCAUCUUUGCUGGUUUUGUUCUAGCCAAGAGCAAACAACAUGCAUAACAACACCUGCCAUUAAAUUUCUACUUUAAUAUAAAGUUAGUUUUGCAAGCAUAUGGGAAUCGGAUAAGAUCUUUUACAGAUGUGAGUUAAUUCCUUAGCCCUUUAAUUUUCUUCAGACAAUUAACUUUUGCACAUGGAUAACUUUUAUUAAAGUUCUUGUGUUUCAAUAGUGUACUGUUCAGAACUUGACAGCAAUAUGUUCACUUUCUAGCAAACUGUGACAUUCUGCUUCUUCAGUGCUUUAAUUUUUAGAAAGUCAAAAUAAUUUCCUGACUCAUUAAAAUGAGUGGCUUUUACACGCCGUAGAAUCUUGGACAUGUAGUUUGUGGAUCCAUCGCUGGACAGCAAGUGAACUUGUAAAUAAGAUUUGUGCCAGCUGGCAUGCAACUAUCCUGAAACUUGUGACUUGUACUUGGGUUAGAAAAAUGUCUUUGUCUUUUUUUAAUCUAGUCUUUAAGAUGGUUCCAAGAAAGAAGCUCUUUUGCUUUGGUUAUAGUUGCUUUGUCAUGCAUGCAAAAAUCUCAAUUACAGUUAAAUAUCAAUUAUAUAGUGUCUGCUCUGAUAAUUUGCUAUUUUAAGUCAAAACUCUUGAUCUGCUACACCUUUAAAAGUAUACCUUACCCUGGUGCUACAUAUUUUGUCUGCUAAAAAAAAGUCUUUCUCUUUCCCCUACCCUCCCUCUGGAUCAUGGUUUCUUAAAAUAAAAAAAAACUUAUUCAGUCUCCUCCUACAGUUCCAGUUACGACAUAAUAAAAUAUUUUUAUUUUAUAAAUUUACUGAACCACUUUUUAACUAAAAAAAACCUCUUAAAUGACAAACAUAAACAACUACACUAAAAACCAAUCACAAAAAUAUAUCCCACACUUUAAAAAAAACAACAGAUUAUUUGUUUGUUCAUUAAAUUUACUCCCACCUUUUCUUCCAAAGGAGCCCAGGGCAGCAAACAACAAAGCAGCAAAACAAUAUGAGUAAAAGAGUAUAAGUAAAAAUACAAUAAAACAUAUAUAAAACAUUUAAAAUCAGUUUAUAUUUUGGUUAAAUCAGGAUGUAAUUUAAGAUUUCAUCAUAAUUAUUAUGUAUGUGUGCAGAAAAUAUGUGAGCAUCCAUUCAAUUUAAUUUGACAGUUUAGUCAAUUACAAGUCCAUUAAAUGUGAGAAAUGUUUCUCAAAUUCUAUUUGCUAUAACAGUAUAUUAUAUAUUGUUGCAUACAGAAAUGAUAAUAUAUCUUGUAUUUUGAAUUAUGUGUUGAGAUGCACACAUACCUGCCAUUAUCAGCAUCAUGUUCCUUGCAAUGUGUGUGAAGUCUGCCAUACAUAUGGGUGUGAUUAGUUUAUUUUCAGAUAAUCAGUUUCAUAGAAACACUUGUGAAUAUCACACCGCCAAAAUGUAUAGGUUCGUAGCAUGGCCUCUUCUUUAUACUGUAUACCAACCAAGCAUGUGGAAAUGAUAACAAUGAUGCUGUGUACGUUGUUGGUGUGCGUAUGACUUUACUUUCACUUUUUUACUUGACUUGCCAACUAUGCAUUUGUCGUGUGAUAAGCAACCAACUUUCAAAUUCCAAAGUAGGAUGAGAAUUUUCCUAGCAGUUACACAGCAGCCCAUACCUUCUCUCCAGCUUGGACGAAAACUUGGGAGGUGGUUCAGUAACCGCAAGACCAAGGUGCCUGGAGAACCUUCACCAUAAUAGCACCAAAUGGUAAGGAGCUUCUUAAGUUGCUCCUUGACAAAGGGGUGCUCUGAACCCCCUCUUUGAGCACCAGACAAGCUAGAAGGGGCAGGAACAUAGAGAUAGUUUUGAGCUGCAGCUUAGGCUAGCCAGAAAUCGUGCAUUUGUGUUUAGAAGGAUGUAAGAGUUGACUUUUUUGAACAUACUAAAACUUGAAUGCAGUAGGGCUGUAUGCAGGGGGUUUUCACACACACCCUUCUAGUUACAGUCCCAACCCUCACCCCUGACUCUGAAACAUUGCACCCAAGAGUUAGAGAACACUAGUUCCAGAUGCCAGGGACAAACAAUAGGGAAUGGCCUUCAUCUUUUUUGCAUCCUGUUUGCGAGUUUCUCCAGUGGUAUUGGACUGCUGUUGGAAUCAGAAUGCUGGACUGUGUGAACCAUAAUUUAAUCCAGCAAGAAAAUCCUUACAUUUUGAGGACUUUGUCUUUUUGAAUUUCAAUUAGUUACAUAUUUUGUCUGGAUGAUGACAUAACAGACUUUGAAAAACAAAGCAAAAACAAAGCAAAACUGUGGCACAUGGUUGAGGUUACUUAAGCAGCAAUUGUGGUACAAGUACUAUUUUUCGAUUCUCAAAACAUUAGUUCGGAGCAGCAUAAGAUACGUUUGGUCCACAGGAAACUGGUAAAUUGGCAAUAAAAUUGACUCCAUAAAAUUCUUUGAGGUUUGUUUCUUUCUCUUUUUACAAAUAAGCAGUGCAUAAAUCUUAAGAAAUAAAUAAGGCUUGGGACCUAAGUAUCUGAAGGAUUAGCUUUGGGAAGGAUGUGCCCAAGUGUUAUAUUCCUUAUGACCUUCUCUGUGUCGUCGUCCCCCACCACCUUCAAAAGUUGGGGUGACCAGAGAAAAAACCUUCUUAGUUGGAACACUCCAUAUGCCAAUUGAUGUUCCCAGGGAGGCUGGCCUGGUAUUAGCUUCGGCUUUUCAGCCCAGAAUAUAGACCAGGCUUCUUCAACCUUCGCCCUCCAGAUGUUUUGAGACUACAAUUCCCAGCAUCCCUGACCACUCGUCCUGCUAGCUAGGGUUCAUGGGAGUUGUAGGCCAAAAACAUCUGGAGGGCCAAGGUUGAGGAAGCCUGAUAAAGACCUUUUGAUUUUUUCCCAGAACUUCCAGCACUUUAAAUUCUUAUAUUGCUGCUUUUGUUGUUGUUUCUAUAUUUUACUUUAUUUGGUUUUAUCUUGUGCUUUACUGCUCUUCUUUUGUAUACUGUUUAACAUCAUUGCUUAUAUUUUGAUUUUUAAAAACUUGUUACCAUUUUUGUUUAACUUUGUAAGCCACCCUGAGAGCUUGUGCCUGAAGGGAGGUGCAACAACUUGUAAAUAAAUGCUUGCAUAAAUUAAAAACAUUUGGUGUAUUUGAGUGUGGAACCCUUCACGGUGAAAUGCUAUUUGUGGGUAUAAGCAGGACAGGAGUUUUACAAGGAAUACAUAUUCACAUAAUUUACCAUUGCGCUGAAAGCACAGCCAUAAAUUUUGUUCCUGUGUUAAUCCCUCUAAAAACAUGCAUUUAACCACAGGUUUUAAUAAGAGCUUACCGAAACAAGGAGCUAAGCCUAGUAGCAUGGUUUGCUUUGUUCUUUACCCACAGGCUUUAUUGUUUAUCAAUUUAACAUUUUUUAAAUAUUUCUGAGAUGAAACGUAAAAUUAGUGGCACAACAGAAUCAUCAUACCUUUGCUUCUAAGUCAUUACUUCAAAGACUGUGCCUUUUAGCAAAAUUUGACACAAACCAGGCAUAAUUGUACGUGCUUGUGUGUUCUUAAAGCUAGAUUAGUCUUAAAGGGAUUGUAUAAGGUCUGAGGCGAACAAAGGUUAUUUUGCUUUUAGGAUAGAAUGAGGAAUUUCUUGACGGCCUAAGCACAAACAUUGUAUUGUUUUAACUUUAUCUAAGGGUUUGUAUCCAAUUAUGUCCUUCUGCUAGCAGGCAGUGUUAGAAACUGAGAUAUGAAAGUUAGGAGCUAAAUGGUACCUUAAACCUAGGUUAUGGGCACAACGGAAUGUCUAGAUGCACUUUUUUAUAACUAGAAUGCAAAGCUAAAAAUGAAUGAACUGUAGCUAAAAUAUUAUCUUCAUUUUUCACAUGGUCUAGUCCUUCCCCUGCCCACCCUCCUAAUAUUCUUGAGAGGGUCUCUUCUCCAGUCUUCAGAGAAUAGAUGGAAGUGGGGAGGCAGAAAAAGAUCCUCUGUUCCUUCCACUCUGCAGUUUUAAUCUGAAAGCUUAGGCGCAGUACUGCACCCAGAGCUCAGAAACUGCUUGCGCUAAUGAAUUGCCCUCUUGUAGAAUGUGCCUAGAGCAAUGGGAGCCUCAAACACAGCUAGCAGAAUGUUCUUUCCUUUUGCAGUCCCACUUCACCAUGCUGUUCCACUGGGACAAAUUUUGGGACCUUCCAAAGUGGUUGCAGAAGGAAGGGGAAACUAUCUAAAACAGCCUCACCCUUUGUUUUUCCUCAUGGAAUCCCAACCAGGAUCGAAGAGCAUUCUGUCACUAGAGAGACAUAAUUGGAAACCAUCCUGUAUCUUCUGCAUUAGGCUCUCCAAAACCAACAGCAUGCUACACUGUUUGUUCACUUUCCUCAAUAAAAGUUCAGUGGGUUUCCAAAUGCUUUGGAUGUGGAAGACCUCAGCAGAAAACCCUUAUCCUCACCUCAUACAAAUUUUAGUAACCUUAUAGAAUAACCUUGGAAUAGGUUUUUUUUUUUGGAUUUGACUCCAACUCCCAAUUUCAAACUUUACCCCACCCACUUGAUCCUCUCCCUUUAAUAUGCUAAUCCCUCUAAUCUAGACUAGUGACUGAAAACUUCAAAGUAUUUCCUGGAAAUAUUUGAGACGCUAAAGUCUGAAAAUAAUAUGGUCUACUAGCCUCUAUGGCAAAAUAUAGUUAGGAAAAGAUGCAGCAGGUCUCUGGGUCAAUAGAGAUCACAAAUCAUAAUAUUGCCCCAGUGUGACAAAACGUCAAGGACAUUGAACUAGUGGUUCAGUUCAGGGCAAUGUAAAAAUACUCUGUGAAAGGCUUUGCAUGAGUCAAAUGUUCUGAUUUUUGUAGACAAGGAAAAAGGUGACUAGAAAGAAAUUGUUCCUCUAAGACAGCCUUUCUCAACCUGUGGGUCCCCAGAUGUUGUUGAACUACAACUCCCAUCACCCCUAGCUAGCAAGGCCAGAGCUCAGGGAUGAUGGGAGUUGUAGUCCAACAACAUAUGGGGACCCACAGGUUGAGAACCGCUGCUCUAAGAGAUAUACCCUUGUAUUUUCUUCAAAGAAAUAUUUUGUCAAAAACUGUGCUGCUGCUUUUGACUACUGGUAUGAAUUUCUGUAGUUUAAAAGCAUACCUCCUGGCAUCUUGCAAAGAAGGGCAUUGUGUAUAAACAUGCUACCCAGCUGAUGCUUUAAUAAAACUAAAUCACACCAUGAUAAUAAUUAUGCCCGUUUACAGUUGUUAGACUUUUAAAUAUUUGUGGUAACACAAGUAGACAGUAGUUUUAUAUUAAAUGCAUUCUAUAUACUUGCACAAAGAAUGUGCUAUGUCUAAGAUUCCUGUGGGCUAUCUUAUAAUAAGAGAGUGAUCUCCUAAGCAAGUUCUAUAUAAAUGGUCUUCAUGAAUAAAGACCUGUUGGUUUCCUUGUUUGAAAAGUAGUAAACUAGCAGGGACUGGCAGGGCUCUGAAGGGUGUGUGAUGGGACCAGGGGAGGGAACCAGAAGAGGGGACAAGAGAUUUAUGGGAUAUGAUGUUGCCCACAAUACAGGAACCAGGGAAAGAAGGAUAGUCAAGGCAGAUUGAGAAGGUGCAGUGGAUGUGGUGGAAGAAGAGGAGGCUGUUCAGCAGACAGAUGGUUCAGUAGACUCCCCACCGUCCCCUGCCCCGCUGCCUCCUCAAACCAGGAGGGGCUUGAAGCAGGAAGAGCAGUAGCACCUCCCCCUGUCAGGGGAGGGUACAUAAGACAGCAGAGGGGCAUGGUUUCCUAGUGUCCUAAAAUCUGAUAACAGAAUUAAAGAAAUUCACCCUUGAGGCAUUGCAGGAGAUUAUGGUUGAUAUAACAGACUGAUCAUACUUAGAAGUACACCAGUAGCAUACCUGCUUAGCAUUAGAAUUAAUUUUUGUACUCCCGUUUUCAGAUGGAGGUUAGAUGAUGUAGACCAUUUAGAGAUUCCACAUACAAUCAAGUGGUAUGUGAAUUUUAUAAAAUAAAUGUGUAUGUUGCUCAUUUAGGCCGGCAACCUAAGGCCCAUGGGGGUCAUUUAACUAGCCCAUGGACCCCCACCGCCUACUCGUUCGGCUCCCAUGCACCGUGCUAAACUGGAACAGAGCAGGGACCGGCUUCUGCGACGCUGGCUGGCUUCUCAUUGGUUGCAGGAAGCUGCUGCAGCCAAUGAGAAGCUCUGCACGCCUCCUCCGCGCCAGAAGGAGCAUUUACGUAUGUGUGCAUGCACUCCGGCUCACCCUGGCGUCUGCGGGACCAUGAGCCAGCCCAAGUCACAAAAACUUUGCCGACCCCUGCUUUAUGUAUUGUGUAACAGCAGUGUACCUGCAGCAAUUGCAUAAAUCAUGAAGCUGCUAUUAAUACGUACUAAAUUACAGACAUAGCUGUCUUCUUUCAGUCAGUAGGAAAGGUACAAAUUAGUUUGUCUGCUUGUCAUAUUCUAAGCAUUGUAUACAAUAUUUAUCAUUCUUAUUUAUCAUUCCAUUUUUCUGAAAUGUCCCUUCUUGAGUACCUGCAUACAUACAUAAUAUUGUUUUCACGCCACCUUUCCACAGUUCAAACCAUGUUCAUGGUGGCUUACAACAAGAAAAAAAUACGUAACUUCAGCAUAACAAAACUCGUCAAUAAAUAAAUAAAACAUCAAAAAAAAUACACAACCAAACUGAACAAUUUUCACGUAAUCUAAAAUAAAAUACAAAGUGUGUUUAGAGGGUGCACCGCAUUUUACUCAAUUUCACUUAUGUGUGUGGCAGCCCAGAACAUAACCUGCCCAUAAUAGGGGAGUCAUCUGUACUGUAGAAAGAGCCUUUUGUUAUUGCAGGGACUCAAGACGCAGAGUGCUUAAGACAGUAAUAAUUACAGUUCAUGAAGCACAACCUGUAUGAUAGAACCUUUGUGUUCAUUUAUACCACAUUCCUAGAUGAGGAAAGCCCCAUUAAUUGGUCAUUUGCCUAUGGCAGGGCAGUAAGAGGUGUUCUUUGAACAUUGAGGAAAUGCUCAACUAUCAUUUUACCUAAUCUCAAAAUAUCAUAACAUUCUUGCAAUAUCUAUAAAAAUGAAAGCUAAAAAUAAGGUAUUGUAGAAGCAAAAUUGCUUUCUCUCUGGCAGUAAUAGUAAUUAUAAUCUUGCCUUAAACUUUCUAAAAAUUCCCAUGCAGGCUGCUGUGAUUUUUUUAAACAGUGAUUUAAACAAUAAAAGUGAGUCUCUUAAGAAUUGCUGGAAUGUUAUUCCUGGAAUUUUCAUUUUUUUCAGCACAACUCUCUUCGCUUCGCAUGUAAUCCGUUAAGAGUUAGAAAUGUAGUUGUGCGUUUCAGGGGUGUGGUUUAGAGUGCAAUCGUUUUUUAAAAUGAGAUUUCUGUGGAAUCUUACAGGAAGUUCAAAACUUCAGUUUUCAGACUUUUUAUUUUAAGGAUGUUUGUUUAGAGUUUUUAAAAUCGAUAGUAAUAGAUUGUUGUGAUGUAAUUUAACUUACCAUUUUCCCUGCUAAUGCCUCAGUCUAUGUGAAUAAUUUUAGUAGCUGUAUCAGUUGUUUUUCAGUACUGUUAUGUUAGUUGACCAACAUAUGACUUAGCAUUCUGCCUGGCAUCCAGAAGUUAAAUAUGCCCAUCUCUCUCACCUUGGGAAUUGGAAAUGUUGUGCUGUAUUUGGCAGUGAUAUAUCAAAGGCAGCCAAACCUACUCUAUGUCAAAAAACACAACUGAAGGAGGGGAAGGUCAGCGAAGAAUGAGCUAAAACGAAAGCCAACCAAAAAAACACAGCCAAAAUCAGGCCAAAGUGAUGUUUUGGUCCACUACCUUGUUUCAAAAUGGUGGCUAGCAUCCAAACAUCAACAAAGAUUGCCACUCCCACCUUCGGACUUCUCCUGUCAAGUUUGGUGAUGAUAUCUCGAGUGAUGUCUGAACGUAUAUACGACAAACAGACAAAGCAUUUUCUAAAAUAUGUAGUAGAUUGUAUGGCAUAAUUAUUUUCUGUUCAGGUUAGGUUUUAUUGACAUUAUCAUUUUAAAUUGUUCUUUUUAUGUUAUAUUUAUUAUUAUUCAUGAUAUAUUGUGAUCCACCCCGGGCAUAGUUUUGUGGAAGAGUAGCAUACAAAUAAACGCAUGAUGCUAAUGACAUUUCUCCACUUGGCGUAGGUUUCUUUAUAGCUGUGCACUGCAUGACCCCAUGCAGCCACUGUCCUUUGAUUACUGUUAGAAAGGACAUGCCUCUUUCUCCCAUUGGUUGCCAUUCAUCAUUGGUAAAGAAGUAUGAUCUCCAGCCCCACUCAGUGGCAGACAUAUCCAUCAGAUUCAUGUAGAUGUUAGGAGCAUUAGGGACAAGACUGGCAGUUUCUUCUUGUAGUUGAAGUGGAACUGCAGUUCAGAUUCUGUAUAGGCAUUGCCAUCUCAUUUAAUGAAACAGGAAGAACUCAUAAACCAGCAAUUAGAGUUCAUAAUGCCAAAAUAGGAGCUGUUCUCUUCUUCCUCCACCCCUAAUCCAACCCUGUAGUGUAGCGUCUAUAUCAGCUGUCCCAGAAAUAAAACAAUUUGAAUAUUUUCUUCUACAAAUGUUUAAAUAUUCUCCACCAGGCCUUGGAAACUUGAUACAGUCAGACCCUUGAGCUGUGACAGAAAGUUUGUGACACUUAACCUUUAGCUUUCAGACCUUCAACUUACUUUAUAAACAGGCAUCCUAAGUUUGCUUUUAUUUUAAAAACUUUCCCAAAACAAUGCAUAAAUAUGUUCUGAAAUAUGGAAUAAAGCAUACCUUUACCUUUAAAGGGGGCAGGGUGGUACAGAAAACAAGAAAGGCAGAAUUUAUUACAUGGUGGUUAGCACAAAAGUAUGGUGAAGCUGAAGGCUUGUUGGUAGAUGAGAGAAAUUUCUUCUGUUGCAACUUCCUGAAAACUUUCCAAGCUAAUACAGAGUUCUCAGGUUAGCUUGUAACUAUGUUCAGUACCACUUGCACACUUUGUUUUAGCCAUAAUGUUACUCAUAGACCUUCCUCCCAGUUGUACUGGGUUCUUUCAGUGAAUGUUGCUCCAUUCAUUUUAUGCUUGUGAGUUCCACUGAAAAAUAGCAUUUUUGAAUCCUACCUUUUAGUGUAAUAUUAGACAAUUUAUUCCGAACAUGUAAGUUUGGACCUUGUGCUUGAGUGAAAGACUUUGGCAAAUCAUUAAUAAACCAAAUUAGGUUGGGUAACAUGGUUUGUCAAUAGAAAUUGUCCUCUGAACUUUCAGAGGACCCUUAUCUUUGCCUUCUGGAAGUAAAUACACUUAUUUUAUACUGGGGUAUAAACCUGCUUUUUGAGAAUAAAAGGUAAAAACCAUUUUAAACACAUGCUGUUACUGGCUAAUAAUCAUGGCGUUUAACAACCCAACACACCUGUAUUUUAUAACUGCUGCAUUUUUUCAUCUGCCUAGUUCUGGGUUGUAAAUCUGAUAAAUCCUGCCUCCCGCUUCUAGCUUUGUGUUUGCAAAAGUAGUUUUACUCUUCAACUUGUUAAAAUAAAAAAUGGACUGUACGGGAAGUAUUAGCAGUGGGCAUCACUGCGGUGAAGCAUUUUUGUUGUGCUGAAUUGUAUUUUUAAAGGUUAUUUUUAAAACUUACUCAGGGAUGAGGAACCUUUUCAGACCAUGAGCUGUAUUCCCUUGUGAAUAACAUCCUUGGGACACAUGCCAGUGAGGGUUGGGAACAGAGGCAAAAGUGGGUGGAGCAAUUAAUGGAAAUAUUACCUUUGCACAGCAGCCUAGUUUUUAUGCACAAACUAGAGAUGCCUGCUGUAUAGUUUCAGACAACUGGAGGAGGGGUUACUUUGUUCUAGGGGUACAUUCUCAGUCAUCAGUCAGCUUUGAGUGUCUCUAACUGGUGCUGGUUUCUCAUGACGGUGUGCUAAGAGAAGCCCUCAAACUAUGUCCCUCCCUGAACUUGUGGUCUUGAGUGUUGUGUUGACAACUCCAAGUCUUGUGGGACUUAAAUGUUCAUGCUGAUGCUGUAUUCUCAGGGGCAUAGCUGCCCUGUCAACCAUGGACCUCUCUCAAGAUCUGAACCAAUACUUGGUAGGGUGUACCUUGGAUCUUGUUUCUCUGCAGAAGUAGAGGGAGAUAAUAUGUGGGUAUGAGAGAGAAACAACUCCAUUGGUAUGUACAGAUCAUUAACUGAUCCGAUUUGGUAUGUUCUACUCCCUGGAAGCUGAUGGAUCUGGAUGGUUUUCUGAAGCCAUUUGGCGAUUUUCUCACAGGUUUAACUGGCAGUCUUACAGUCUCUGCUUAGAAUGAGGAUAUGACUUAGGUCAUCAGUACAACUACUUCAAAAUGUUUUCUGUCUGUCUGUAGAUCUGGUGUCAGUUCCUUGGUAUUCAGAGGAACCUUGUUAGUUCUCCUGGACCUCAACAGCUUAUCUGGAUUAGUUUGGAAGGCAUGGUUUUAAAGUGAUUGUGGUACUUCUGAAGGAGAGGUUCUGGAAGAUGGUGCUGGGGAACUUUUGCUCUACUCUACAGCCAAAGCCUUACUAUGUCCUGCAGAAGUAUUAUCUUGUAAAUACUAAAGAACAAGGGAGCCAUGUAAAGCACUGGGGGGAAGUCUUCCAGAGAUUUGGGUUGCAAUGUCAUCAGCAUGUAAAUGACACUCAGCUUUACCUCUCAUUUCAAGCUUUCUUGAAUACAGGCAUACUACCAUGUGCCCUAGGAAAGUUAAUUGAGUAAAUUUUUAUAUGUUAUGGGGGUUAGAUUAAUUAAGUGAAGGAGGGUAUCUGGAAUUUGAUCUUGAAAGUGCACAGAGGCAACACCACCUCUAAACAGAACUAAGACUGUUGGUUUAGCUAAAGUCUAAAUAUAAAGGACAACAACCAGGAUAAUGAUGGAGUUCAUACUUGGAUUGUAGGGGUGUUCUACUGGUGCUUUGAGCACUCAUACCAAUUUCUCCAAGGAAGGGGCAAUGAAAUGGAUUUGUUUGCGCCCAUGAGGCCAAGUGCCCGAGUGAAAGUUGGUUAUCCACAUUGGCCUGGGCCUCAACUUUGGGGCUGGUGGAUGUAGCACAUAGUGGCAUAGACCUACAGUGGCUUCUGUUUUUGGUUGCAAUCCAAACAAGCCCUGCAUCAUCUCUUCAUUUGGAGCUUAGGAUUCAGUUACCUAAGCAGAUCUCAAAAGUGUGCACCUUGUUUUGCUCAAUUUUGCUGUGUAAGCUCAAAUGUUAAGAUUCAGUUGCAUCACAGAUUCAAACUUCCUUCAGCAGCAAGCUUAGUUCCAGUUGUAACUGGGCCAAUCAUUAUGUAAUGUUUCAUCCCACAGAAAGUGUUGUGUGUUUUUUAUCCCAUUGAAAGUAUCAUGUGUGCAAAACGAAGCAUUAAAAAAAUGGUUGAUCCUAAUGGUCUCAAGAUAAUACUUUUAAAGAGCAUCUAGGCUGACUUCCAGCUGACACCCAAGCACCAUUUAUUGAAAUAAAAAUUGCAUACAUUAAAUACAAGUACAUAGCAUGCAUCCACAAUGCAUUUCCCUACUUCUUUUUUCUUCCAAUUAUGGAAUAAAUAGGGUGAAAACAUACUUUUAAAUAUUGUGCCUUUUAAAAUCCCAGGCUCUGCCUUCAGUAUUACUGUAACAGCACUUUCUUUUUAUGGUUUUAAAAUGUGAAGUACUUUACUGUGAGUAUAAUGAAUUCAGCAAAAACUCAAGAUGCUUUUCUUGUGUUUUGGUUAACAGAGCAGAGUAAGAGUCAAUGUUUUUGUAACUUAGUAUUUCUAUACUUUUAUUCCUUUCUUUAGUUUGGUCUGUGUUUUGUUGUUUCCUUAGCCCUGGAAUGAGAUCUGAUGUAAGCACUUCACCAUCUACCUCUUCAACAACUACGGGACCACCUCCCAAGCUCUGCCUUGUUUGCUCAGAUGAGGCUUCUGGGUGUCAUUAUGGUGUCCUAACUUGUGGCAGCUGCAAAGUGUUCUUCAAAAGAGCUGUGGAAGGUAGGAUAUAUCGCAAUUAUUUAAAACGUAUGGUCUAUAUCUCACCUCAAAUGUUUGUGGGUUUUUACAAAGGUUAUUGGAGUUCAUUUCCAUGCUAUCUCUUCCUAUCUCUUGCAAAAUCUUUGGUCUUCAGUAGCCAUCUUCAAGUAUUUUUCUGUGUGAGUGUGUGUAUGUGCGUGUUAAGUAAGCAUGUGAAAGCAGCCGGUGGGAAUAAGCAUUCUGGCUCUACCUCCUGUUCUGAUUCCAUUGCUUUUCACAAGUUGGAGGGCAGACUUCUAAAGUGGGAGCCUUCUAUACUUGUGGAAGCUACCUUCUUCAGAUUUUCGCCCUCCAAAUAAUGGGUGGUGAUGUGGGUGGAGCCAGAACUAGCUUGCUCUCCUAACUCUUCUUCAUGUAUUUACUUAACAUGAAAGAACGAACAUCCAAAGAGGGCUGUUUUGUUUAUUUUUAUUUACAAUACAGCCCACUCUUCAUUUAUGGUAUAGCUCACUCGUCAUUGAAUAUUUGCAAUCCCAGAGCAUGGAGCAAAGUAAUAAAAAUAAACAGAGAAAAAUAGUAUACAAUAUUGCAAAAAAAACAUAUAAACAAGCCCAAGAAAUAGAAACUUAACAAUUAUGUCAUGAGAAAAGGAAGCAAAACUACAUUAAUAAAAUUAAAAAUUUCCAGUUUAACCAAAUACCUAGGUAAAAGCAAACACAAAACCACCAAUGGUUUUAGCAAGUUCCCAGCCUGUUUUUCACUAAUGGUAGUCUGCUCUUUUCUCUGUCUCCCCACACAAAGAGGGCCCCACUCUGUGCCAGAAGAUUCUCAGUGUAACUGCUUACCCAACCUCCAAGAUACCAUACCAUAGUGUUGUUUAUGAUCCUUGCACACUAGGCAUUGGAAUCCCCCCCCCAAUUCAUAUUAAGCAGGAACUUUUCCUGUAUGGUUUACAGCAAACUAAGCCAGACAUGUAAUGUUAAACAUCCAUAAUACAAUAAGAUAAUAAGUUGUUUUAAAACUUCUGAUUUUAUUUAUAUCUUGACAAGUUUUAGGUCAAGUUGUUUUCAAUGUUUGAUUUUAUUUGUAAAUAGAUUCUAGUAAAUAGACCAUGGUAAAUAGAUCUACCAAGGUUCACUGUUCUCCCAUUGUUGCUCAUGUUUAACACUGCUAUUUAAUUCAAUAUGGAAAGAAUCUGCUCUUUAAAAGUUAUAGUUGACUUUACUUUGCUUCCAAGGUUUGCUUAUACUUGGAUCUUUGGUUCCAUAAAAAUUCCAAAGGAUUUAGUUUGCCUGCUUCACAAGCUCCAAAAACCAAAUAGUUUCCUCCCUGUUCUUUUAAAGUGGUAAAAUCAAUAUGUCCUAAAGCAGCAUUUCAAAACAAAAAUUCUCAAACUGGAUUACUGACUGCUUGCUCUGGUGGUACCAACUUUAACCUAAAAAAUGCAGAGAAUACGUAAUUCUGUUCCAGGAAAAAAGUAUGGAUAGACAUUUUAUAGUGAACUAUUCCAUAGCGAGUUUUUGAAAAAGCAGUUUACUUUUUUCAAAAGUUCUGUGUUGGAGAAAUUAUACAGUACAAUAAAAUGACUACUUGGAUAUAUACAGUGAUAUAAAAAUGUGAGUGGUCAUAAAAAGUACUCCAGUUCCACACUGAUUUUCCUAGCAACUGACAUUCUGCUGCAGAUGUUUAGCCUCUUUCUGUCUCAUCCAUCUCAGAUUUUCAUGGACAUGUACCUAUAGAAUACUAGAACAAUGUAGGCCUUCCUUACAUUCACUCCCUCUCCAAUACUUCUCAUCUGACUCUUCAGUUUUUUUGUGUAACCCCCCCCCCCUUUCAGAGCAAAAAAAGGAAGUGGGAGACUUGCAGAUGAUUUAAAAAACCUCUUCCUAUUUCCCUUUUAAUUCACUGAUAUUGGGGUCUUAAAAGGGAAAUGGGAGGGGGUUUGCAAAAAACCUUUGCAAUUCUCUUCCUUCCCUGCUUAAGAUUGGAUUUCAAGGGAUUUUGUAAAGUGGGCAGCCUGCUCACCUGUCAGGUUUUGCCUGUAAGAUCCUGAUAAAGAUCUGGCCCAUGGAGCCAAAAAGGGAGGGGGAGCUUGAGACCAAAAUUUGACACACACACACACACACACACACACACACACACCCCUUCAUGCCCCUUAAGCAAGACACUGCAUUUUGGGAAGGAGGUGUGAGGGCUCUGGCAGGGUCCUAGAGCCCACCCAUCUUCUGAAAGCUGGGAAAGAGCUAACUAGGCUUUGGGAAAGGGGGGGACUGUAGAACCCUGUCGGAGCCCUCAUGCAUCCUUUCCAAAGCCCAGCACCUCGCUUACCUGGCUUUGGGAAGGCAGUACAAGGGCUGCAGGGGCAAGGGGUGUCCCCAGACGUUAGACCAGGGGUCAGCAACCCGCGGCUCCAGAGCCGCAUGUGGCUCUUUUACACCUUUGCCGCGGCUCCGGGGCGGAUACUAGUGAGGGGAGGAGGCGCAUUGUGUGCCCCGACACUCCCCACUGUGGCGGGCGCUGUACUGGCUGUGACGUCGCAUGGGGGCGGUGCGUGCGUUAGUCACGCACCGUCCCGACGUCACCUUCCCACCCGCCCGCCCGCUACAUUGUAAAGGGCAUGUACACUGGUCACUGCAUUGAAAGGGGGCAUGUACGCUGGUCACUGUUUUGAAGGGGAGUGAAGAACACACACACACAAAAAGGUAACUUGUUAAUUUAACGUUUAUUUCUAUGAGGAGGAGUAAUUCUGAGGGGUCAAACAAAGAAAUAAUUAAAAAAGUGACAAAAAGCUAUUUUUAUAAUGACGAGUUUUGCGGCUCCCAGUUUUAUUUUCUUCGGAAACGGGUCCAAGUGGCUCUUUUUGUCUUAAAGGUUGCAGACCCCUGCGUUAGACCAUCCUGAUGUACAUGGAUAGGAUAGAUAAGUCCAUUUGUUUCUUCUCUUCACCAACCCAACAAGUGCAUGUUAGAAAUUAAAUGCUCAUAAUUAUAAAGGUGUUGUGCUUUGUUUGCAAAUACAGGGCAGCACAAUUAUCUCUGUGCUGGAAGAAAUGACUGCAUUAUUGACAAAAUCCGGAGAAAAAACUGCCCAGCUUGCCGCUAUCGGAAAUGUCUUCAAGCUGGCAUGAACCUGGAAGGUAACCUGAAAUGUUUUAAAGCUGAAACCUAGAAAAUCCUUCAUUUUUGCAUAUAUAAAAGAUGGAAAGCCUCUUUGCACAUUACUCAUAUGAAGAUGUCCCAAAUAUAGAAAAGGACAGUGGGGACACGUUGCAUCCAGUGCCACACAUCUUUUUCCUGGCCUUUCCUAUGAUGUGCAGCUGUGAUGGCAGCCUGUACACAUAGACUCAAAAAUCCAUGCCUAAUAUGUGAACAUCAGGGGUGGGGGAAGCUGCAUGAUGUUGAGUGCAGGACUGGUGGCCUAGUCCCUCUGCUUCAUUCUACACAUUGAUCCCAUCACUGGAAUAAUGUAUGAAGUGGGUUAGUGUAAGUUUCAAUAGUGGGAGUGGUCCCUACUCACAAUUCAAUAGUCAAUAGUAACAAAAACUAAUCCAUUCAAAAGUAUGUAUUAUAAUAAAGAUUACAAACUCAAAUAGAGAUUAUAAACUCUAACAGAGAUUAGAAACUCAAACUCAAAGAGAUAUGUAUAACACAAUAAUUCGUUACAAAGAUUUUCUCUUUUUCACUCGACAAUAAUGUUGAUCUUUAUAAUUUAUCAGCUUGCAGAUGGAGACUCAGUUUCAAUCAUAGAGCAAAAGUCAAUUAUUGAUUGGACACCAGGACAGGGCCCUGUUUCGAUGUAUUCACCUUCGUUAGCAAAUUUUUAAGUUUGUAAGUUUGAAGACUUUCGGAUAGAUAUAUCCUGUUAUUUUCUAUAUAUCAAUAUAUAACAGGAUAUAUUUAUCUGAAAAUCUACAAACUUCAAACUUAAAAAUUAGCUGAUGAAGGUGAAUACAUUGAAACAUGGCCCUGUUCCUGUCCUAUUGACUAUUGAAUUCUGAGUAGGGACCACUCCCACUAUUGAAACUUACAUUGGCCUGAGUUCUUGGUGUGCUUUUUUCUUGGUAUAUUUAAUAACAAAGACUCCAACUUAUUUAAGUGGGUUAGUGGCAAUAUAUGCAGUUGUUUAAUGUUUUCUGAAUAACUAUUUAUCACUGUAUAUGUUUAACAUAUGCACGUCUUUCUUGGCAGAACUUAGAUAUUUCUUUCAACAUGCAUUUCCAAUAUUUCCCAGACUCUCACAAGAACUGUAUUUUGCACUGAAGUGUUACUGUAGUAUGAUUUGUAUGCAUGCUAAUCUCUUUUUUCCGUUUCUCUUCUUUUUGUUUUCACUUUCCGAUUUCACGUAUUUGUGCACUCCUUUUUUCAGUAAAUACUGUGGUUGGGAAAACCCCACACUUUGAGUGUACAACAGCUUGAAUGCAAAUCAGGAUGAAACAAAAAUGUUGACUCAUCGGGCGGUAUUCUAUACCAGUUCUACUCAGAGUUACUCAUUGAAGUUAAUCAACACCACUAACUUCUGUUCACUAAUUUCAGUGGGUCUACUCUGAGUAGCACCUGGUUGAGUGCAAUCGAUUGUCAACAAUAUGAAACUUUUAAAGUAUGGAUAGGUGAUAACAUUCAGUAAUACUGUAUGGCAAAUUCAUAAUGAGCAAAUUCACAUGUUUGGUCCUUUCUGGCUGAGGAGAGGUAACUGUUGCAGGCUUGUCAUUGCAAUCCAGGAAGUCUUGUAGUAGCAAUGUUAGUAGUGUUUGGCAGAAUGAAGACUUCCACUUGUGUGAUAGGAAAACUGACCUGGCCUUACCAUUAGACAGAGUGCAGGUGCUGCUCAGGUGCUGCAUUGCUGGCGUUGGACUAGAUGAUCCCCGGGGUCCCUUCGAACCCAGCAGUUCUGUAAUUUCGAGCUCAGUAGUUAGGGAGACAAGCCAGCCUGCGUUGUGAUCUGUCUCUGCUGCUCCAUGUGGCAUUAUAUUUAGGAGCAAGGACAUUUUUCAUCCCCCCUCACAUUCAAACUUUGUAAACAUUGCUAUUUAUUAUAGCAAUUUCAUAAUAAUGCUGUGACGAUAUAAUUCUAGAGGCCCCUGAAAUAUGAUGUGUUUCGAUUAUUUUAAGCCCGUAUGUCUAACAAUAGAAUGUCUUUACCAGAAACUUAAUUUAGAGGCGGUAUGUUUUAGGCCUUUGCAGAUAACAAAUUUAAUUGGACAAACAACUAAAAUACUUGGCUGCUUGUGCUUUUGCAUACGUUUUUGUCUCUGUCUUACAAAAUAUCUAAGGAAGGGCAAUCCAGAGUGUGGAUGCUAUCACCAAGAAGACCCACUUCCACGUUGUCACCAAAUGGCAAUUUGGUGGUUGUGGAACAACCAGCAGAGUCUCCUUGGAAGAUCAACUUGGUCUGUACUGGGGAAGGCAGUCUGCCUAGGUAUAAUAGUCCCAAGUUGUUUAGUACUUUAAAUGUCAACCACAUCACCUCGAUCUCAGUAGGUAAUAGGCAGCCAAUAGUAUAAUAGCUAAUAACACAACUAAUGAUUUUGUAUGUUAUUGCAUGUAUGUGUCUCCAAAAACACCUCUAAUUGCGUGCUAACUCAGGUAUGGAGUAGGCAAGGUCACUGGUAAGCUCACAAGUGCCUCCAUGAUUUACAUUUGCUGUGAUUUCUGUAACGGCAGCUGCUGCCAAAAGCACUGCUGCAGUUGGAGGCAUCAAGUGUAUAGCACCACAUGGAAGCACUGCUGCAUGCAUGUGAUCUGGCCCUUUGCUAUCUUUUCAAAGUCCUAGUUGGCUAAGUGCUUUACAGCUCUUUGCUACUCAUUGAAUUGUGAAGUUGGAAGGGACCAGUAUUAACUUUAUAAUUGCUGUUCAUUAUCUGGUACUCUAUUUUGUCCAUUUUUGUAAUUCCACUGUAAGAUAGAUUUUAUAUACAGUAUUGCAAAAUUUUCAGGAUAUAUGGUUCGUAUAAGUAAAAAAGUAUGCAGGCAGCAUAGAUACUGUGGAAAUGUGAAUAAAAACAGUAUAUGGAGAAGUGUGUUUUAAGCAGUUUAUCAGGCAUAUGUAUUCCAUAGUUUAAUUAUAAUGGCAAGCAGUUGUCAGAAAAAAAUAUCUUUUUUGGUCCAGCUGUAGAAGAAACAAAAAAAAUCCUAGCUAUGGUGAUUCAUGUCUAGUAAUGCAUUCUAUGAUUCUUUGUGCAUGUAGGCAUAAUUCCAUGGUGUAUAUGUAGUUUUGUUCAUCCAUUGCCAAGUUCUGUUGUCUUGGUUUUAGUGGAAUGCAAAGGCCUCAUUGAAACCAUUCCAUUCCAAAGCUGUAAAUGGAAUAAGUUUUUUAGUAAUUUCCCCCAGGUGCACUAUUGCUUUUUCUUCCUUUUCACAUUUAAUCCAAGGUUUCAUUUUCUGUUCAUACAAAUAAAACCAUAAAGGAAGGGCAGGAAAUUUCUGUGGCCCCCAACUCCUCUCUGUUCCAGCAAGCAUGGCCAACGUUUGGGGAUGAUCAGAGUUGUCAUUCCAACAAGAUUAGGAGGCCACAGGAUUCCCUGCCAUAAGGAGUCUAUUGUAUGCCUGCAGCAUAGAAGAUUGCAUUGAUUGUGUUAGCAAUGCUUUCUGGUUUUAUUUUUUAAUGUUGACUUUAUUUUCUUAAAAAUUUCUAGCACGAAAGACAAAGAAAAAGAUAAAAGGAAUCCAGCAAUCUAGUGUGGCUGCAGGAAGAGAGACUACAGAAAGUCCCACAAAUAAGGCUGUUGUUCCUGCCUCCCUGCCACAGCUAACGCCUACUCUGGUUUCCCUACUGGAAGUCAUUGAACCAGAAGUGAUGUUUUCAGGCUAUGACAGCACAGUACCGGACACAACUUGGCGUAUUAUGUCCACUCUCAAUAUGCUAGGAGGAAGGCAAGUGGUUGCUGCUGUGAAAUGGGCAAAGGCAAUACCAGGUUUGUAUAUGUAUUACAUGAAUAUAGACUAUACUUCCUUAAUGUAAGUGUGUUUUGUAAGGCCACAUUCUGCUCCUAACCAUGGUAGGCCUGGAUGAUGAAUCAAUACAUUGCCCAGGACCGGUAUGAGGACCAAUAUACCCAGUGGUAUAUUGUGGGUGAAGCCGCUUCUGCUGCCGAGUCCCUCUGCUGUCAGCGCCCAGUGUGAGAGGGAGGAACAAGCCACAGUGCGUCUCUGCAGCAGCAGUGAUUUCACCUGCAACAUGCUGCCAGGUGAAUCAGCCAUUGCGCUCUGGCCAUCAUGCAACUUGUUCUUCCCUCAGCUGCCCAUGCAGGUAGGCAGCUCCUUUAAACUUCUCUACUUAGUGGCUGCCUGCCCCUGAAUGGAGAAUUUUAAAGGAGCUCCAGCUCGCGCAAGCUGGAGGCAAGGUUGGGGCUCCGUUACACUUGCGGGAGCCCUGCGAACAGAGGCUCCCUCCAUCUUGGGGCAAGCAGGAGAAAGAAGCCUCCAGCCUGCGUGGGUGGGGCCCCCAGCUGAACAGCACAAACAAGCUGAGUUGUCCCUGCCCGUGAGGCACUGGGGUGAAAGUGCCUCUGCUCCCAUGGCGAGAGCUGCAGCAAUUUCACCCUGUUCAUUGCGGGCUGGGGCCAAGCAGCAUAGUUCACAAUCGUGGCUUAUCACCAGAUUGUGAUGUUGAAAACCAAACAUUGUCCAGCCCUAAAUCACGGGCUUCUUAUCUUACUCCAUAGAGAAAGGUUCGGUUUCCUGGUUUCCAUUUUGUAACAGCAUACAGUGGUACCUCAGGUUAAGUACUUAAUUUGUUCCGGAGGUCCGUUCUUAACCUGAAACUGUUCUUAACCUGAAGCACCACUUUAGCUAAUGGGGCCUCCUGCUGCCACCGCACCGCCGGAGCACGAUUUCUGUUCUCAUCCUGAAGCAAAGUUCUUAACCCGAGGUAAUAUUUCUGGGUUAGCGGAGUCUGUAACCUGAAGCGUAUGUAACCCAAGGUACCUACCUCCAAAAUGACGCAGAGAUAAAUUAUUCCCUUACUGUUAAUUGUUGUGGCUUGCCAUGAAAGGAAAAAAAUGAAACAAGAACUAAUACUAGGAUUGGAAAGUCUCAUCAACUUCUUCCCUGGCAGGGAAAAGAUUAAACACUCUUUUCCUUAAUGUUCCUUUUCCAGUGGAAAUCGCCUCUUCCAAAGAGCAUUAUACAAAGGAGAGAGCUUGGUUACAUUUCACUGCAGUAUAUCAAUUGCAAUUUGCAUAUUUAUAGAUAUUAAUAUGUCUCUUAUUAACAUUUAUUGCUAUUUAGCAUUACUAUUUCAUAAAACUAUUUUGAAUUUUAUGUCCCUUUACUGAAUUUUUGAUGCAUUUUGACUCUGGACCCUUUUAAGAAGUCAUUCUGAACUUUAAGAUUCAAAAUAACACUUUGGACAAGCAGUACUUUAAUUACAACAGGAAAUGUGCUAGAUCUUGUACCUUUUAUUUCCAAUCAGGUUUCAGAAACUUGCAUCUGGAUGACCAAAUGACACUUCUGCAGUAUUCGUGGAUGUUUCUGAUGGCUUUUGCCCUAGGAUGGAGAUCAUAUAAACAGGCUAAUGGAAGUUUAUUGUGUUUUGCACCAGAUUUGAUCAUCAAUGAGUAAGUAGUAUUCAAGUCCUUUUCCCUGUGUUUCUAAAGCUUGGCUACACUUCUAGAAAUGUGUUCUUAUAACUUAGGUGCACAAUGAGUACUAUAAUUGUGUAUAAAGACUUAGCUUAUAAAAAACAAUUCCUUAUUUAUUUUUGAAUUUGAAUAUUUCAGUAACUUGUACUGCUUAUAGAAAAGUAGAAAUGAAGGUAUUAGAAAAAUCUCUUUUGUCUUUUACUUUAAUAAUGCAUAACUACAUCUGGCUGUUGGAAAUGAUAACACCACAGUGGUGUUCUUCCUGUGCAACACAAGUUGGCAGGAUGAGAGCCACUGUGGUGCAAUAGUUAGGAAGUGUCAUACUAUGACAAGGGGCACCCAGGUUCAAUUCAGCAUGAAGCUCAUAAGGAGACCCUAAUGUGCAUGUGUUAGUUGACAACCUAAUUUGGCUAAAUUUAAAUUACCAGAAGCAAGCCAAAGGUGAGGUGGGGAAUGAUGAGUAGGGUUGGUUAGGUUUGUUUUGCAUCGUGAUGGUGUCCACAGCAGGAUGGUAGUAGUCGGGGGGGGGGGCACAAAAUAUGUUAGAGAUGUCUCCCAGUAAAAUAGUUGUUAGAAUAUAUGCACAAUCCAUCUCCACUUUAUGAUGCUUUGAAUAUAUUAACAAGGUUACUUUUGUGAGUACUAGGGUUAGGCCACAAUUCAAUUGAUUGGUCAAAUAUACCUAUUAGAGUGCCUGUCUACUAUUAAUAAAUAUUCAACUAAGCAAAGAAUAUAUUUAGAUUUGUUUGUUACUGUUUAGGUUUUUCUUUUGCUCGUUAUAGCAGUAUGCUAUUUGGGUACCCUGCAUUUCACUAUUAGAUGAAAUAACUGGUGCUAUUUCUGGUCCUAUGCACAGUUGUGCUGAGAAUCCAAAAUGGGGGAGGGUAGGCAGAUAGUAGAACAAAGGAUAAUACCGGCGGGUUGAAAUGGCAUAACAUUGACCUUUUACUGAAAUUAUACAAAUUGAUAAAGGCUGAAGGCCACAGAGGAUACACUCCUCUGGAGACUAAUUUCUCUCUUUCCCUUUGACCUGUGAGAUUUUUCCACAGACUCCGCUUCUCACAUUCUAAAACUGCCAUCUUUCAUAGUGCAUGUUUAAUUCUAAUUUUGAAAUGCUCUAGCUUACUGACACCACAAUAAUAAUAGUUCCAUUAUCAUACCUCUAUAUUUGUCUUAACAUUAUUUGUUGACAACUAUGAACUGAUAUUGUCUGGCUAUGUUGACCUCGUUUUUGCAUAUGUGAAUCCUUUUGUCAUAAUAAGUUAAGAGCAUUAAAUGUUCCUUCCACUCAAAUAAACUCUUCCCUUCAGAUGCCCUUUGCAGACAGUGUUUCACAUAAUAAAUGGUGACACUUCUAAUACAUGUGAUACUGUAGCACAGAAUCCUAGUAACACAGUAAUGGUAUUUGCAUGGCACUGUAACAUUGCACAACUGAAAAAAGCUCUGAAACAAUAAGUAACUAAGUGCUAAAUCUUAACACAUCUGUUAUUUCUGUAUUUUGUGUGAGAACAGUCUGUAUAUUUAUUCCUCAAAAGCAAGCCUUUUUACAUUUUUGUAACAUUUCUGAUGGUGGUAGAUAUUUUAUGCAGCAGGGCCAGAAUAGUCAGUUGUGGGAUGUUCUCACCACUUUCUGUAGGCACUUGGUGCAGUUUCAUGAAAAAAUUACAUACUGUAACAACAUAGGUAGAUUCAGUUUACGGCAAAUCUCGUUGCCCUACAAGGAUCUUGAUGAACAGAACUUGACCUGGCUGUUAAAAAAAAAAAAAAAGCUUUCUCAAGUGUUGUGUUAUUCUAGUCACACAAAUAGAAAACUUGUAUCAAAUUCUAUUGAGCAACUACAAAAACGAUGGACUAUGAUCUCAUCCUUAAUGACUUUGUUCCUCCCUGAAGAAGCCUGUCUUGCAUGUUGACCUACAGCACUGUAAUCUUCAUUACUUGCUUUAGUGGACAAAUAAUUUCUUCUACUGUGAGGCUUCUUCUCUUUUGCUACAGUGCAUUUUGACUGUUUUAUCCUUCAUUAACCCAAUCUUGACCCAAAAGAAACAAUGCAUCAGUUUGAUAUUGUUUGCGUCAAAAAUAGAGGCUUAGUAUAACCACCUGUAUACUUUGAAAUAUGACGGUUUCCCAAUGAAACACAGUAUGUGGAAAUUCUAUAUCAGUCCCUGUAUUGAAUGCAAACAGUGAUUUUUAAAGAAAAAAACCUGAGUGAUAAAUUUAUCAUAGUUAAAUUUAUUGUUUUUUAUUCUGUUAUGUGGAUUGAGAAGAAAGCUGAAAAAGUAGCUUACUGAGAUAUACUGUGCUUUUCCUGAUUCUGAUUAUUGAUGCUGAGGUUUUCUGGUUAACCCACCAUAUAUGUGAGGGCGAUCUGGCUGUGACAUCUGUCACCCCAUUGAUCACCAGGGUUGAUUUGGCUGGCUAGGCAGGUGUCCCCUUCCAUAUAUAGGAACAUAGGAAACUGCCUAUACCAAUCAAAAUGGUUUUAUUUAUUUCUAUUAUUAUUAAAAUUGUAUACCGCCCUAUACCUGCAGGUCUCAGGGCAGUUCACAGGAUAAACUUCAUAACUUAGAUGGCAUUUAAAUAAAGCAUAUAAGUUAAUAUAAACCCUCCACAGAAGAUUGAUGCCUGUAUGAAAUGAGCUCUUCAGAUCAUAGUGUAAUAGAUAAUGGAUUUUUGUCCUUGCAAUCUCGAAGUAGAAGUCUCUUAGCCACCAUAAGAGCUAACACAAUCCACUUUUUCUGCCCACCCAUUAAUGCUACAGGGAUAUAGUUUUAAAGUACACGAUCAUCUGCAAAUACCAAGGAUUUCACCAAUAUAAAAUUGAUAAGGGUAGCAACUUCAAACAAAAAGGAAUAUAUUAUACUACAAAAACACACAAAAGGUUAAAUAACAGGAAGUAUCGUAAUAUACCCACCACCUUUCAUUAACAUUAUUUCCAAGAAAAUACUGCUGCAGCCUUUUAGUCAGCAUCUACAUUUACAAGAGACUAUGAGGUGCUGCUUACCCAGCUGACAGGAAACUGCAUGCAGAGAGACUGUAGUCUUAGCCAGCUCCAUUGGCCUGUGCUGUUUUGCUGACUCCACAUGCAUAGUCCUUGUUAUGCAGCUUGAUGGAUAUCUAUGCACUUCUAGUUCUCUGAAGUGAAGGUCUAGGAAUAAGUGAGAAAAGGAGAGAUACAUGAAUUAAAGGUUCACCACUUUCAGUCUCAUUUAAUGAGGUUAAAUGAAGCAUCUGAUAAGUGAAUUUGUGAGAAAUAUAGGUGCUUCUCAGAGUAGUUUGUGUAUUACAGGAGGGUAUCUGCCUUUUCAGACUUUUACUAUAAUGGGAAUGCAGAACAGAUGUAUUGGCACUAGUUUAGGCGUAUGGCUGGCACUUCCAUUUGAGCUUGGGAGGAGGGACAGACCUCUGUGGAAGAAGUAAUCUAGUUUCCCAGUAAUUUUUACUCCUUGGAAUGCUGAUCAUUUCCCUGAAUAUUUGAGUAUUUCAAUUUUCUUAACGUCAGUGUACCGGUUUAAGGUAUAAAUUGCACAAUGAAAAUGUGACUAUUUCUGAACUCCUAAUUCCUGUAUCAGUCCAUAAUGUCUUGCUUUAAUCAGUCAUGGAUGCAAUAUCAGAGCUUAUCUCCCAGCCAAGUGUUGUUUGCUAAAAUCCCUUAACAAAGCGCUCGCUCUGUGCGUGUGUGUCUGUGUAUGAGAGAAACAGGAAAUACAAGUUGGUAGGCUACUGUAUCUUAUGAGACUUGCAAGUGGCAUGUAGUACAGCCUGACUUGCAUAAACUCUGUAUUGCACAAUAUAAAUUUCCAUUAGUGAUGGUGUAAAUCUUUUCCACCUCCCAUUUGCUAAUUUAAUUUCACACCUAUGGAUAACUGUUGGUUAGCCAAUAAUUUUACUAAUGGAAAUUAUCUAUGACCUCUCAUCUAUUAAGCAAAAAAUAAUUUCAGGUAAUUUAUCUAGCAAAAUAAGAAUACACAGGGCUUUAUAUAACCUCUUCUACCAAAAAAGCUGUAGCCCUCAUAAACUAAAAUUACUCAAGGAGCCUGCAUAGUAGCCAUCCGUCUCAGUGCAUUAGGUAGGGGAACCUGGAGAAUGACCUCUGAUGAGGCAUUGCAGAAGUAGCUUUGCCCCAACUCAUUUAGGUUAUUAAACGUUUAAACCAGCACUUUGAAUUGGAACUGGAAACUGACUACAAGGUACUACAGAUGAUCAAGCACUGGUAUGAUAUAAUUAUAUUUAUAGGGUCCCAUUCAUUCAUUCACUCACUCACUCACUCAUUCAUUUUUUUACUACUACUUCAUUUAUAUGCCGCCCAUCUGACUGGGUUGCCCGAACAACUUUGGGCAGCUCCCCAUCCAUAACUUAGUCAACCUGUUUUGGACCAACUGAAGCUUCCAGACUGUUUUUGGAGGGUAGAUCUGUGCAGAAUGCAUUGCAGUAAUCUGAGUGGUAGGUUACCAACCUAUGGCUAUAGCAAGUUAGCUGAAGCAGAUGUAAGGCAAUUUGUAGAAUGAAAAAUUGGACCACCAAGAUUAUAUUUAUGUUCUGAAUAGAUAGCUCUGCUUAGGAACCCAUAGUCUAAGCUAUUCAAAAAUAAAUAUACAUACUCAGAAUAGGAGCAAGUGUAUUCACAUAACAUAUACCACAGGGAGGAAGUGGGAAUUGUAAUUGCAGGGUAGUUAUAAUGUAAUUACACUGCAGAUUUGCUGUAGCACCAUAUCAUUACUAAUUAUUCAUUUUCCUAGAAGAGAAGGUUAGCUGUAGGAAUGUUACUCACUGUUCAUGCUUAUUUUAUAUAAUUAUUCUCACUUGUGCACUUUAAGGCCACAGUUACAAGUAGUCCCUAUUCCCAGUGCUCCUUAAUUGCACAGUGCAGCUAUUUAGCACAAUUUAAUGGUCAAUAUCAACUGGUUAGGAAACAGUGGUUGAUGAAACUUAACAAUAAUCAAACACUUCUCCAAAUUCAAAGUACUCAUUAAAACAAAAGCUACCCAUUAAAUUUAGCUGCCAGCUUUCCCCAAGCUGAUGUCCUCCCCAUAUUUUGCACUUCAGAUCCCAUCGUCCAUGACUAUUGGCCAUGCUUGCUGAAGCUGAUGAAAGUUGGGAGAGCCAAAGAUCUGGAGACCAUCAGAUUUGGAAAGGCUGACUUGAGCUAUUCUGAUCCCUCUGGAAACUCAUAAGAUGGCCAUGAAGGAAAUAGGCUUUUCAUGUUGGUUGUCCCUAGCAUCUGGUAAUUUAUUUUAUUGGAGAUAUGCUUGUUCUGCUUUUUGAGAAAAUCCUUCACAAAGCAUCUUACAUAUUUCAUAAAAGUUUUUCUUAAAAAAGCAGCUGUUAAGUGUAGUGUAGUGGAUAAAGUGCAGGAUUAGGACCCGGCAUAGCAGUUUUCAAAUCUGUAAUCAGCCAUGAAGCUUACUGGGUGAACUUGGGUAUAACUGACUUCCGGUGUUAUGUAUGCCAUCUGGAGCUUCUUGCAGUCAAUAAUACAUAAAAUUAGAAUAAACAGUAACAUUAAAAUAACCAGCACAACACAGAAAUGAUUUGACCCUACCCCAGUUAACUACCAUCAAUCCAUAUCCUCACCCAUCUGGUGGGUGCUGAAGCAGGCCUUCUGAACUAGAUUUUAAGAUAUAGACACUACUACAUGGGUGCAGGCGGAUCUUUGAAUAAUAUUGAACUAAGCUGUUUGGGGCUUUAAAUAUAUUAAUGAACACUUUGCAUUGAGUUUAGAAACACAGUUCAGCACAAAAAACACUAGAGCAGUGCGACAUAUGUUGGGCCAGUAGUUGGAACUAUUGGAAAGGGAUUUUUUUUGUGGAUUUUAUGUUUAGGGCUCAGAUGGAACCUUCAGCAAAUUACUUCUUCCUCUGCUUUUAGUGUUGAGUUGGCUGGUUGACUGAUUUGAUUUUAAAAGAUUGCCUAAAGGUGGAAAGGCAGGAUAUCAUUCAAGGUGGUUUGCAAACAUAAUGCCAUUUACAAGGGACUGUGCAAGGUCCAGCUCCCUGCACCUGAUGUUUGUUCAGGUUCUGGCAGCCUUGGGGGCAAAUAGCAAGUCCUCCUCAAACCAAAUCUGAGAGCAGAGCCAGAAAAUGUGCCCAGGAUCAGGAGGUCAUAGCAGCUCCUGUCACAUUCUUCUUCCUACGUUGCCGCAGCAAAUGUGGGGUCACAGAGUCAAAGGAUUUUGGAGUUGCAAGGGAUCUAGUCCAACCCCCUGCAAUGCAGGUAUAUGCAGCUGUACCAUACACAGAUUGAAUAAGCAACAUUGCUGUUAUCAGCACCAUGCUCCAAACAGCUGAGCUAUGCUGAAAUAACUGCCCAAGAUUACUAAAUAAGUUCAAUGCAAGUUACUUGUCUCCAUCUACUCCAGCAGUCUAUUUCCAAUAGUGGCCAGAAAAUUGCCUCUGGGCAGCUUACAAGCAAGGCAUUAUGGCAGUUGAUGUCACUGGCACCUGGUAUUCAUAGGUGUGCUGUCUCUGAACAAAGAGGUUCUAUUUAGCCAUUGUGGCUGAUAGGAUCUUCAAUGGUCUGAGCAGCUUUGGGUGGAUUGAACCAAGGAAAGGUAUAGUGGGAACAGUUUAACAGGGAUGGAUAUCACCCCCAUGUUUUGAAAGUGCCAGUACCUCUCCCUGUUCAUUUGUAUUGGGGAGGAGUUAUACUAGCUCUCACAUAAAGUGUGUACUGCAUGAUAAUUGUGGCAAGUAAUGAUACAGGAUUCUAAAAUUGCAGGCUUUCAAAGCAUCUAAAAUAUGACCUACAGCUUAGCACAUCUUGAGUCUCAAAGCUACACCCCACAUCCUCUUCAAGCAGAAACAUAUCACAGGGUGUGGGCCUUUCUGCUAGCUACACCCUGUUGUCAAAGUGCAAAAGGGAUAUAAAUUUGAAAAUAGAAAAAAGCAAUAUUAAUUCAACAAACGCAGUUCUAAAAUUGAACUGAUCUUGCUGUUUUCUUAGCCAUUAAAAAAUAUCAGUAUUUUAUCAGUAAAUACCAGUAUAUAAAAUAUCCAGCCCAAAUAUAAGGUGAAAUAAAGUCCUAAGAAUUGGCUUAAACUCUAAAGACAAAGGGGAGACGCUUACAUUAGUAACCUACCUUCCUUUGUGGCCAGCCUGGAAAUUCAAAUAUCUUCUCAACAGGCUAGUAGAUCAGGGAAAGCGCUAAUAAACUGGCUUCCUUCCUUCAAUGCCAUCCCCAAUCCCAUGGAUUGUCAGAGAAGGAGUAGAGGGUUUUGUUCCUCCUCUGCCAACCCACUCUCAUCGGUAUGGAAUUCCUUCCUGGUUAUCUAUGGCUACAAGUCUAGUUGUUGUUUUUAUUGUGUUGCCUUGUUAAUAACUUAUGCCAAGACGAUUUGUAAAUAAUGGAAUACAGUUAUACCUUAUGCGCCACUGCAGGUUGCGAACGUGCAUCCCGCAUGGAACACGUUCGCAACCCGAGUGUCCACUGUAUGGGAGAAUCCAUAAGUGCAAUAAGUUUUAAAAGGAAAAGAUUGUAUACUUAUACAGCAGAAAGGUCAGAAGGGAAAUUCUGUAAAUAUCUAUUUUACCCUUCAUGAUAAAAUACCAUUUUACUAUUAUGAGUAAACCUUUCACAAUAAUAUUAAAACUGCAGUUUAUUUAAAGGCGUUGCUUUGCAACUUCAUUUGGAAAAAGUAUGUGUAUCUUACUAGCCUAUAAUUUCUGGAAUUCAUGUAAAUAGAGGCAUCUCCUUACUGGUAAACAAGAUACAAAUUAAUUUCUUUUGUACUGAUUCAGAUGUGUAUAUUCUAUUUGCUCCUCAGGCAGAGAAUGAAUUUACCCUGUAUGUAUGAACAAUGCAAGCGUUUGCUGAUGGUUACUAAUGAAUUAGCACGUCUUCAAGUUUCAUACGAGGAAUAUCUCUGCAUGAAAACCUUGCUGCUUCUCUCUACAAGUACGUGAACAUUGGUGAUUCCUCUUUUUUUUAAAAAAACAACCAAAACCACUUUUUAAAGAGUUCUCCUUCAACACUGAUCUGGGAACUGAAUUUAGAACUCUCAGAUCCACUUUAUUAGAGAGUUCUGUGGCCACCACAUUUUGUCAGUCUUGGGUCAGCAUUUGUGGACCUCAUAAAUGAUAGUCCAAAAAGCAUGUUAAAAUUAUUUUGAAAUUAACAAUUUGUCACAAUAUCUAUUGGACCAAACCGAUUUUGCCACCAGAAAUAACUAAAAUGUUCAAUUCUUAAACUGGUUCAAGCUUUGUGGUAGCUGGAGAGCUGAUGAAAGUAGCAGUUUGCACAUAAAUGCUUGGACAAGGAAGCUCUGUUCAGACUUAAGUUGACUCUGAUAAUAGGUAUGAGUCUCUGGUAUGUUCAAAGCCCAGUAGUGUCCUGUGGAGGAGAAAUUUGCAGAAGCUUUUUCAGUAGAAGGGAGUUUUAUUUUUCUAGGUACACUAGAAGAAUAAACAGAAUCAAUAGCCAUUUAUUUCUUCCUGGAAAUACAACCAUUUGGAGACACGGUUGAUGGAUGAAUCCAGGAAACAUUAAUCUCCAUGGUGCAAAAUCUUACAACCAUACUAUGUCUAUGGACAAGGUCACUUAGAAUUUCCUAUAAUUUGAGAGGUUUGUGCACAAGUGUGGGUACUGGUUUUCCUUGUGCUACAUACUGUCUUAGACUACAAAACCAAAACGGCCUUUUAAUGGUGUUAUUCACAAUACUUAUUUUAUGCAGAAACUCUGAACUCUCUGCAAUUGUCUGCAUAAAUAUCCACAAUUUAAAACCAUGAUUCUAACUUCUCUUGUCUUGGUUUACGGUAAAUAGAAACAUCCUGUUGUAGGACGCUUACAAACUCAGGUAAUCUAAAAACUAAUCUCAAUAUUUCAGUUCCUAAGGAGGGCUUGAGGAGUCAGGCUCUGUUUGAUGAAAUUCGUAUGACCUACAUCAAAGAACUGGGGAAAGCUAUAGUGAAGAGAGAGGGAAACUCGAGCCAGAACUGGCAGCGAUUUUAUCAACUGACAAAACUUUUGGACUCCAUGCAUGAUGUAAGUUUUGCUUCCAUACAUUGAUUCUGUGCAAUUUGAGGAUCGUACCAAUGUGGAUGAAACCUGGCCAAUGAAAAAGCCAUCUAGGCACAGCUUUCCUGAUUGUAAAGCUAAGGUUCUUCAGAAAGGUACCUUUCUGGACUCCCACUGCCCCUUCUCAUUGAUUGUAAAGUAUUCCAGUAAGUAGGGAUGCAGGCAAAGAAGACAUUAGUGCGUCCCUCACAGGGCCACUCUGCCACCAACUGCCCUGUGGGAAGGAUCCUGAUGGCAUUUUAUAUGUCAGUAUUUCAUUGUGGAUUUUUAUAACAAGAGUUUUACUCAUAAACAGCUUUGAAAUCUGAUUUAAGCCAGCAUUCUUUUGUCAGUUUUAAUUUGUGCUGUGAUAUAUUUAACGUCUUGCAGCAUUUUAUAUAUGCUACACUGUAUUGAUAAUUCAUGCUCCCUUUAAGAAAUUAUUCUCUUAUCAUUUGCAGGUGGUUGAGAAUCUUCUAAGCUUUUGCUUCCAAACGUUUUUGGAUAAAUCCAUGAGUAUUGAAUUUCCAGAAAUGUUGGCAGAAAUCAUCAGCAAUCAGUUACCAAAAUAUUCAAAUGGGAAUAUCAAGAAACUCCUAUUUCAUCAGAAGUGACUGCCUUAAUACAGAAAUAAUGCCUUAAGGAAAAAAAAGUCAAUUAUAGCUUCUUUUUUACAAACUAAAAGACUUGUUAAUUUUGUCCUUGCAACUAUAUUGGGUGUUCUUGUUUUUGUUUUGUAAUUAUGCACUACAUGUGGUUUACAGAGGGCCAAGACCUAGGUUUCAGAAGCAGAUGCCUCAAACUGAAUGAUUACAGGAAGAAGGAAAAGAAGGAAAUAUGAUUUGGGAUUUUCCCUCCAGAAACACCAUCAUAUUCACAGGAUAGGAUAUACCAAAACAGCAGUGUCAAGUUCAGAAUCUACAUUGUCAACAUUCUGCUAGGAAUUUCUGCAGUUGGCUGGAUAAAAUUUUCUAGGUUUUUGUUUUGGUAUAGAUUUUUUGUAUAGUUAAGGUAGCAUUUUGAUUUAUGCAUGUAACAUGAAGAAAGUUUACAACUGUAUAUCGGAAAAGGGAAGUUGUGCCUUUUAUAGCUAUUACUGUCUGGUUUUAGCAAUUUCCUUUAACUUUAUAUACAGUGAACUAAGCUUGCUCAUUUUUUCUUACAUAAUUUUUGUAAAACGUCAAGAUGCCUAUUGUACAGCUGUUUUUUUAAAGUGGGGCAGCUCAUAGCUUAAUGACCUCUAGAUAUUAAUCUUUUAAGUAUACUCAUGUGAAUAUAGGUUGACUUUUCUAACCUGAUCAAGACUGUCAUAGUCACCUUUUAGAUGUCACCUUUUAAAUUUGGCCUAUAAAAAUCAGCUUUCUUCAGUGGCGGGGGUGGGGUGGGAGGGGUUGAAAUGUAAUCCAAAUCUAACCUGAACACUGGACAUGCAUACUUUUGAUAUUGGUCAAAGAUUCUGUGAGCUACUUGCAAACUAGCUCUGUCUUAAACAGGUUUGUCAACAGAAACUUUUUUUUUUUUAAACAAAGCAUACUAGAUAUUUACAUUUAAUGUGAUAGCCAUAAUUGUAAGAUUCUUGGGCUGGAUUGACAGUAAAAUCAUCAGUCUUGACUGCCCAUCAGGAAACCUUCAGGAAAAUAUGCAUAAUUGUUUAAAAGUUUACUUCUACAUGGAAAAAAUAACUUUUUCCAUACUCAGUCUAUUGCCAUAUGAGUGUGUACUUCUGUGUGCAUCAGUGUAUAUUAUAUAUACAGUGGCCACAAUCCAGAGCAGCUGUCAUAACGCAGAACAAAACUGAUGUGCACCAAAAUUGGCAUGUCUGCUGUUCUCCUUGGACAUAACUGAGAAGUAGCAAAACCUGUGCUUUUUUAAAUUAUUUGGAGGACAAUAUUGAUGAUCAGUUCAUCUUUUUUCCCCACAAGUGCAAAGCUGUGCAAUUGCCUCCUUAAGUUUCUCAGAAUUGUUGGAUUACAGCCAGUGUUGCCAUUCCAGAGAAUCUGCUCCCUCCAACCUAAGAUGUGAUUGGCACUGCCACUUCUUAUAACCUAUGGGGAAGGGGUUGGAGGAUGGCAAGGCUGUCUUAGAGAUGAUAGUACUGCAGCUCAUGCCUCACCAGUGCAGUAGUGCCCCGAGUCCUGAACACACACACCCGAGCCUACCUUUGCAGCACCUUUUGGACCCCAGUAAAGCAGAACAAUAAGUAGAAAGAAGCCAGUUUCUGCUUGUGGAUCACUCCCUGGAUUGGGCAAAAUCUUGACUCUAUUUUUAAGUUGAUGGUUAAUUUCUGUUGACUUCAAUAGUCAGGAACUCUAUAUGUGUAUAUACAUACACGUAUACAUACUUUAUAUAAAUACAUAUACAUAAAUAUCAUUGAAUUAUAAAAAAAAUGUAAUUAUGCCCAGUAUAUAUUAUGUUUAGUAUUAUAAUGAUUCUUAAAAGAUUUUACUUCAAGUAAGAUUUUUACCUUUAUGCAGAAAAUAAAAUAGACCAAACUACAGAAAGAAACAAAUCUUUUCUGGAAAAUAAAAACCCUAAACUUGUGUUCUUACACACCCAUUUUCACUUCAUUCAUCACCCAAACAAUCCUAUCUUGUUUCCUGGAGAACACGAAAAUUCCGCUACUGAUUUAGUGGUGUAGACUAGAGCUUUGUCUCUGUACGUCUCCCAACCCUUCUGCAUCAAACUACUAGUGUGCCAUAAAAACAACCACCAUAUAAGUCUUGUGAAUUUACAACCAUGUAAGUCUUGUGAAUUUUUCCUUGUCGUCAUUGAUUUAUAUUUUAAAACAAUUUGCAAGCUGUAGUAGCCUAUCCUCUGAGCACCUUAGGAAUUCUCAGAAAAUUGUAAAUGCUACGCCACUCAAAAGAAAGAAAGAAAAAAUAUUUUUGUUCAAAGUGGCCUGGAUAUUUCUGUAAAAAGAAAUUAAUGGGGGUUUAAUUACUUAACAGGAGUUAACAAUCAAAAUGUAAUAUGAUGCUACUAAUAUUUUUUUAGUUAUAUUUUCAAAUAGAUAUCAUUUGGUAGAGUUUGAAAAGGAAGGAAGGGCUACUACAGCUUUAAAAGCAAUUUAUCAAAUUAUUGUAAAAUAGCUUGUAUAGUGUAUCAUAAGAAUGGUUUUUAGAUGACAGAUUGCUUUAUCAUGACAUGUGAUAUAUUUUUUCUAGGGGUCACAAAUGUGUUAAAUGGUAACCCAUACAAAUUGUGGUUUGUCUGGAAGUAUUAAUCCUGGCAGCAUUGUUCUGAAGUAUCUAAAGAGGUACUCUAGUUUUACUUGGUGUGUUUCUAUUGUUUGUUUGUUUUUAUCCUUUUCCUUUUGCUUUCCUUUUUGUUUUAAAGGCACUUACCCAUAUUCGGUGGGAGUUCCUCGGGCUGAAACCUAAAUCCAUUAGUCCGCUGUAAGAAAAACACGGGAGCUGGAGGUUGAAUUUAAUUGCCCAGCCCGUGCACUUGGUCCCCUCACAUUCCAGGACUAAACCUGCAGCAGAUGUGCAGGUUUAUUUGACCCUUCCCCCUAUCCCACCCCCCAAAAAAUAAAGUAGUGUGUUCGUAUGUCCACACUUCUCUAUGUAUGGGGUUACUUUCACAUAUAGCCUCACAGAGCACCGCAAAACAGUGAGACAAAUUUGGCAGUUAAAAUGCAUACAGGUACCAGCAAUAUGUAAAUAAUAGAGCAUAGGUUGUUCACCGUCUACUAAAUACAUUUCUAAUUAUUCAACAAAAAUGCUCCUGGUAAAAUAGGAGUUUUUACCAGAACUAUCUGUUUUUAAAUCUUUUUUUAAAUAAACAACAACACCAACGACAAACGUUAAGCUCAUAAAUGGAAAUCCCCAGCUACUUUCAAGUAAAAUACUACCUUUUAAUAACAGUAAUCAUUCUUUUUGAUCUCUGUGCAGUCCCACAAUUGGGUGCUGCACCUAUGCAUAGCAUCUUGAGAACCUUACAGAGCUUUUGUCAAGUAACUCAUCCUCUGGUGCUGCGAGCCUCUUUGCAAUUAUCUGGGGUGGGGAGGGGAGGGGAGGGGAGGGGGGGAUAGGGCAAGCGCCACCUCCUUGAGAAUGUGCUGCCUGCGUUUCUCUCUGUGAACUUUUCCACAGGAGCACCAGCUCCCUGGCUAGGGCUCUAGAAGGUUCUAAACAUGUUCUGCAUAGAAAACAGUUGUGUUAUGCACAGAUGACCACUCAAAGGAUACCAGAAACAGGUAAGAAACCUGUCUCUCUUCUUGAAUAAGCUCUUUAAAGUAUGUAUGUUUUAACAGUUAAUCUAAGCUUCAGAGAGUAUUUUAACAUUAGUUUGCAAACCAUUGGGAUGAAAACGUGUAUUCUGCCUGAUUUUAGUUAAUGCUAAGAGACUCAAGUAUUUGGUUUCAAAAAGGUUCCUGAAAAGAUAAAUCAUGACACCCUGUCUUUAUUUCAAAGGAAAAUUUGGAAAGUUGAACUUGGGCACUGAUGUGUAGUAAACAUUUUAGUCCAAGUUUAAGGAAGCUAGCACUGCAUCCAUGGACAAAUGUAUGUGUGGUGGUUUACCUAUACAAGUGAGGUAUACAGAAAUCAAUAUUAUGACUAUGUGCAAACAAGUACUUCAGCGGUGGAAAAGAGGCUCAAAUUCUUUUGAUUUCAUGUAUUUUUGCUCAGUUUUUGGACUUUGAUUUCACUUUUUAAAAAUGCUGAUUCUGGAAAAGAACUUUCAAUUUAAAUGUGCUGUUAAGAAUAUAAGUACAAGCCAUUUAAAGUACAUAAGCAUCAGCAAAAGGUAUGUUGUUUCUUGUCUGGCUAGUCUUUUUCAUGCUGGGGAAAAUCAGCACUUCAAAUAAAGCAGGGAAUAUUCUGACUUCUGUCUCUUCAGUGCCUUGCCACAACAUGCUAACAGAAAUAAGAUGGGUAGCCCCAGAUAUGCAUGCUGUAUGUUAGAAUUGCACUUGGAAACUAAUAGGAAUGGCCUUUCAUAGGAUAUGUUAGGGCAUGCAAGCGGAGAGAGGAGAUUUUAUCACUUAUACACCACUAAAGUAACUGAGAGCCUUAGCCUUAAGCCUGAGCACACUUACUUCGAAGUAAGUCCUAUAAAAUCUUUGGGACUGACUUCCAGGCAAAUGUGCUUAGGAUUGGUUUGCCAAUCUUGCCAGCCGUACCGUAUUAAACCAAAAAUACAGCAUUGAGUUUCCUUGAAAACAGCAGAGGCUGAGAAAGUGCGCACAACUGGGGGAACAAGUGCCAGCCUACCUUAGGAACACAGCCACUUAACUUGACAAAAUAACAGCGUAUUAGGAACAGAGGUGGGAAGAAAGCAGAUGGUGGAGAACUGAGAACCGAGGCUAGUCCCAUUUACCAUAUUCAUAUACGCACAUCAUGUGAAGCGAUUACAAAUAUGCAGGCUCACAAGAUAGGAUAGCACAUCUUCAUUUUGUUCAGCAUGCAGAAACUCAGUGGGGCCUUAAUUCUUCAACCUAGUGUGUAUUCCGAUGCUGAUUAUGCAAAGAACUUAACCCUUCUACACUUGCAAAGAAUGAGUUAAAUCAAAUGCUGUCAGGCAGAACCCGUUUUAGUUUUUUUAAAAAAUUAAGUACUAUUUACAAAACCAUAUUAAAUGUACAGGUGGAUGGUAGCUGGCGGGAUGGGGAGGUCUGUAAUUUCUACAGCUCUUAACAUCUCCUUUGAGAGAUGCACCCCCCCCCCCCCGCUCCAACAGAAAAGCUGGGUCCAGAGCUACAGGUGUGUCUGCAGACAGUGUCUUCUGUUGACAAGUAGUGUUAUAUACUUUAGUGCCAAAGUAAAGUGAAAAUAAAUCCAAAGACGUUCUUCCGCUUCGUCGAGCAGAAGCCCAAGAACUUUUUAUAGAACCUACCUGACAUACUGUUACACAAAUGCUUUCCCUGGUGCUGUGUAAGCUUUUGGACAUAAGAGUUAAAAUUUUAAAAUUAACUUGGGUAGUUAAUGCCUCCUUAGCUUUACUGUUGCAACAGCACUAAGUUGCUGUUCUGGUGCUUACACAAAGCUUUUAUCACAGUGGGGCUGUUUAUGCCCUGCGUGACAUGUCAGCGAAUCCUUUUGGAACACCCAUAGAAACAUGGGGUGGUAUUUGGACAUCACAGAACAACAGGCUCCCAUGAUUUUCAGCAAAUGCAUGGCAAAUGAAAUCGAUGUCAGGGGAGGGGGAAACCUUUUGCAUGUUUUGACUAGCCCAUGGGGCCAGUUCUGGCCCCUCAAGUGUAGGAGGGUUGAGACAUCUGAGGAAAGGGUGGCAAGGCCCUGGCAUUUUGAACCCACUGCAAGAUAAAGUAUGUGCUUAAGUACUUUGUGGAAAGGGACCAGAGUCUCCAGCCUCUUUCAGAAUUGAGCCUCAUCCACCACUGCCUGGUCAAUAUUAAAACCAAUUGGGCACAAUUGCCCUGAAUGUACACACAUUUUUAUGCUACUGCUGUCAAUGUAGGAACCAUACUUUUAAGCAAGAAAUAGAGCCUCAUAUUAUUGGAAAACACUGAAGGGCCCUUUUUGAGGCUUUUGUUUGCUGGUAAAAAGGCUGCGUGUGUGAAAAUAGCCUCCUUUCGCCCCAACCCCCCAAAACCAUACAAGCCCUGGCUUAAUAGCACGGAUUCAAUAGUGUGUCAACGUUCUAUUUUGUAUAUUAUACAAAAGAUAUAUAAUGGGGACAAAUCCUAUAUUAUGCUGGUGUAUGGCAUUAUUAAAAAGCUUUUUUUGUUAUUUUUAUCACAGUAAUUUUAAACAGUGUAAAAAAAAUUAAAACAAGUGACUCCUGUUUAAAAAUAAAAAGUUGUAGUUUUUUAUUCAUGCCGAAUAACUCUGUAGUAACCAUGUCUUUUCACCUACACAGUGAAAUGUUGGAUUGUAAAAUCUUGUGUGGAACUGUUGAGCAUUUAUUUUUCAUUUUAAAUUUUGCUGUUCUAUUAAAUUCAAAGCCACACGUCUGUACAGAAGUUGCAGUAAAUGUAAGCCAUUUACAGCAAUGCUGAAUAAUGGACAAAAUGACAUAAUAAAAACCUGCUUUUUCAUUACGUGUUC